AUGUGCUGCUCAUGGGACACUUUCCGGACGCUGAUGGUACAGUUCUGGAGGGAGGGCCUGCCCCCGGAGGACUAUGCUUUCUUCUUCAUCGACCUGUUCGGCCACAGCCUGAGGAAGCGGCCCGCUAGGCCCUGGUACAGAGGAGACGCAGACGACCACGCCGCUAAGAAGGCCUUCAGGGUGAGAGGGGGAUGACAGAGGGAUAGAAGAGGGAGGUCUGUAGGAACGAAGGGAGGGGUAGAAUGAGUAGGGGGUAUGGGAGAGGGAUUUAAUGGGAUUUAGUGGGUACUGCAUCUUUGGGUCUGGGAAAAGCACUAUACAAAUCGGAUGUAUUGUUGUUAUUACGCUGUAGUUAUGAGUGAGAUAUGACUGGUAUGAAGGAGGGAUGAGAGAAUUGUUUGAUUUUAUUGAACUCUACUUUUACCAGGUAGCCUAGUAAAGAGGAAUGGAGGGGGUGUAGGAGAGGGAUUUAGUGGGAUACUGCACUGGAGUUAUGAGUGAUAUUACAAAGGCAAGGAGGGUAAAUGAGUGAUGACUGAGAAGCAGAUAAGAGAAAAAAAGCAUCAACCAUGCAGCUGUAUCGGUAGGUAAUGAGAGGUACAUGAUACAUUUUGAGAACAUUGUGAAAAAGGAAGUUCAAGGAAAUAGCACUAACCCAGUGAAAAAUUGGAGAGUGGUUGCCUAAACAUGCAUGUUCUUUCUGUGAAAUGUGUACCUUUUUCAAGAGAGAAAUGGAUGAGAGACAGGAAAAGGAAUGACUGAGGAACAAAGGACUAUUGAAAAUAAUGUAACUAAACAUAUCCAGCUGUAGCAUAUCUCCCAUUACACUGUCAGAUAGAAUAACACUGAGUAAGGAAUAUAGUGUAUUAAGCAUUCAAAUGACUUGUCUUGAUGACAGUACCCAGAUAGCAAAACUAUUACGACCCAAAUCCAGUCCACAUCUACAAUGUUACAACCAGUUACAACUUGGUAUUGCAGUCAAUUAACCCAAGCUACUCCAUUUUCCCGGCAUACUAAACCAUUUGACAAAACAAACUUGCACAGUGAAUUGAAGUUAUGUUUGUCUCUCUGGCGGACAUUUUAAAUAGAUGCAAGCUGCACCACACUACUGGAAAAAAACUUGCAUCUCAAGGGGGAUGGCCAGCUGUGUACAGCGCUGUCAGCAUGUUUUCUCAACCUAAAUAGCCAUGUACUGUAGUCUUUACUGUAAAUCAAAUAUUUUUCACUCCUUCGCAAAUAAAGUCUAGAGCUUCAUUAGCACAUUUACUGGGUAGUACACUCUUAGAAAAAAAGGUGCUAUCUGGAACCUAAAAGGGUUCUUCAGCUGUCCCCAAAGGAGAACCCUUUGAAGAACCCUUUUUGGUUCCAGGUAGAACCCUUUGGUUCUAGCUGUAACCAAACAGGGCUCUAACUGGAACCAAAAAGGGUUAUCCUAUAGGGACAGCCGAAUAACCUUUUGGAACCCUUUUUUUCUAAGAGUGUACAGCAUAAAGUUUGGUAUGAUUUUUAGAUCCUUGAGUUUUUGCAGAAUGCGUGGUCUGAACAUUAUCACCACAUUCUUAAAUUACAGCCAUGUUUUUACUCACAAGCUCAUGGGAGACCGGGCCCCUAGUCUUAAAAGUGUCAUAUGUAGCACAGAGCCCAUUUGUCAUACAUUCCUAUGUAUUACAUCAAUAGAAUAUGUCUCACGUCCUGAGCAUUAUAGAAUGCUUAAAUGUAUACAGCCAUGUUAAAUUACCAAUUACUUGGUCUAUGGACAGUAUGUACAGUUCAGGGGGUUAUAUAUUGAUUUCCGUCUACAAUACAAUAAGAAGAGCGAGAAAGAAAAAGCAAUAGAAAUUGAUCGGAAAAUUUAAAGAAGGCAGCGUAUCACAAAGACGUAGUGAAUGCAUUGAACAUACAAAAAUACAGGAAAAAAUAUAAAAGGAUUAUGAGUCAGAGGUCGGGUAGGGAAACAGAGGGACGGAAUUAUGCUAAUCGGAUGGAAUUUUGCCUCACAAUGAGCUAUUUUAGGUGAUGAAAUGUGGCCUACAAGAGAGAAUGAUAUGAGAAAAAUAUAUUUUGGUUUGUUCCAAUAUCCACACUAGCAUACCACUUAACCCCCUAGAGUCUAAGCCUCUAGAUGGCGAUAUGUACUAAGCUAACAUAUGGAAUUGUUUUAAGAUGGUAAUUUGCCUACCCAGACUCCUUGCUCUGACUAAACGCUACGCCACACCCACGGACGUUAGUUUAUUUUCCUCAAUGAGUUCCUCCCCAACGAUUUCUAGAACGGAAACACAUUCUAGUCCCAAAAACCGAUGGGUUGGGCCAACUAUAUUAAUUUGGGGACAGGUCGAAACACACAUGAAACAUUCCUGGACAUUUAGCUAGCUUGCUGUUGCUAGCUAAUUUGUCCUGGAAAAUAAACAUUGGGUUGUUAUUUUACCUGAAAUGCAUAUGGUCCUUUUUUUUGCUGGAUCUUUGUCGGUCGAAUUUUAACCCAUGUUGAGUCAUACAAAAUUGUGUGUUCUCUACUCCGACAAUUAAUCCACAGAUAAAGGGGAAACCUAGUUUGUUUUUCUCCUCGUUCAUUCUUCUUCUUCUUCUGUGGAUUUUAUAUGGCGGUUGGCAACCAACUUGAAGGUGCAUUACUGCCACCGAUCUUUCAAUCAGCCACGUGGAUAUAUGCUCCUAAAAAGCAAUGAGGAGAUGGGAGAGGCGGGACCAAGUUCUAUUUUAGAGCCUGGCUACGCAGGCACUCGUUGACACACGCAAUCAGUUUGGAUUAAAAAAAAUUCUUUAGUCAUUUAGCAGACGCUCUUAUCCAGAGCGACUUACAGGAGCAAUUAGGGUUAAGUGCCUUGCUUAAGGGCACAUGGACAGAUUUUUCACCUAGUCGGCUCAGGGAUUAGAACCAGCGACCUUUCGGUUACUGGCACAACGCUCUUACCCACUAAGCUACCUGCCACAUGAAUAACAUGUGUACAUUUAUUUAGGAAUGCUUGCGCAUGCAACGUGGGCGUUCUAGUCAUUAUGUUACUGCUAUUAGCCCAUAGAAAUGCAUUGAAUAACACAUUCAUACAUGGCAAGACAGAUAGUCAAAAAAUAAAUCAAAAGGAAGUAUGUUUCAGAUGUAUUUUUUUUUAUGUGGAAUGACCCCGUACCCUUAUGAUGUGAAAAGACCCUAUUCGCCUCAAGUAAUUUUUACCGACACCGGUGGAAGCAGUGGAUUGAGAUGCAGCCCAGAAGUCUCUAUCUUAAACUCACAGAUUAUGAUGAAUAAAUUAGAUGUAAUUUGUUUUUUAUAAAUCCUAUCUGUUGAAAUUGCUUUUCUGUCCCCAAAUACCAGUCUCAUGUUAUUCAGGUUUUUCAGUGUACCAGUUGUUCCUGCUUGGUCAUGGUUUUAUUUUAGACACUGAUUGUUGGAAAAUUGCAAACAUUAUCAAGCUCCAAUAUGGUUGUGUACAGUACAGUGUGUAUGCAUGUGUAUCAUGCACGGAUGAAAGAACGUGUGCAGUACAGUCAAGAGUCAUGGCUGUCAUUUCUGCAGAAAUUGGGGUGACAGAGCUGUGGAUUUAGUUAGUAGAAGAUUGGUUUAACCCGACUAGCCACAGAGCUGAAUGACAGUAAAGCCCGGACUUCCCAUUGUAGGCCUCAACACUGAUUGAGGAAAAGAAAACAGAAAAGGAACUUUUGGAUGAAAGAACAAAGGAGGAUAAUAGACAAGGGACAGAUUUGAUUGUUGCACAUGGUCUAUUACCACAAAAACGAAAAGACUUGCUUCUUCUUCUAUUGUUGUUUUGCUGUAGGCUAAGCUAUUAUACUUAUUAAUCUAGGAGGAUGUAUCCCCCCAACUCCACCAAGUGCUUAUGAAGACUUAUGUUGUAGCAUACAUUACAAUUAAAAAUAUAUCUGUGAGCAGCAAUGAACGGGGUUCACAGGAUGUCAGAAAGGACACAAGAUCAGUUGGAUAACAAAGCAAGCACUCUAUCGUGUAGGAACUAUCUUCCUUUAUGUGCAAUCAUGAGUCCAAAUACAACAUCUGGAGUGAAUCUGACUAUGGUUCAUGAAGAUACAAUUAUUUUGAGAAUUAGCAUUACAUAUGCAAAGAAUAAUAGUUUCCUUGUUUUUCACGAUAUCAAUACGAAAUUCAGUGUGGUUCAUCUUAUGUCACGAUCGUCUAGGAGUGAAGGAGACCAAAGCGCAGCGCGUUGAACGAACAUGACUUUAAUUAGAGUAAGCACGUAAAAUACAAAACAAAAGACGACUCGUGAAGUCCACAGUACAAAUACUGAAACACGGAACAAUAACCCACAAACCCCACAGGAAAACAUACAGAAAUAAAUAUGGCUCCCAAUCAGAGAUAACGAGCCGACAGCUGACACUCGUUACCUCCGAUUGGGAGUCAUUGACCAAACCUAGAAAUACAACACUUUGACACCCAACAUAGAACAAAACCACAUAGACUGCACACACCCUGGCUCAACAUAAUGAGUCCCAGAACCAGGGUGUGACAUCUUAGGGACGUCCAUUAUAGCGAUGACAAGUUUCAAGUUGAUAGGCCACUGUAGAGUGAAUUUACUUUUCUUUAAAUGGACACGUAAAAUCUGAUUUUUGAUUUGUCAGUAACUCAGCCAUCUUUUGACCAAUCCCUUUCUUAAACUAAGCUAAGACGUACCAUGGGCCUACAUUCCACAUUUGGUGUCAUUUGGUUCUAUGGUGCAUGAGUAUAAUAUUUUUGAAAUAUUUGUAGCAUAUUUAAGGAAAGUGAUUCUGCCUUCUUGGUCUUCACCUUUACAUUUUAGUCAUUUAGCAGACACUCUUAUCCAGAGCGACUUACAGUUAGUGAGUGCAUACAUUAUUAUUAUUAUUAUUAUUAUUAUUUAUUUUUUCAUACUGGCCCCCCGUGGGAAUCUAACCCACAACCCUGGCGUUGCAAACGCCAUGCUCUACCAACUGAGCUACAUCCCUGCCGGCCAUACCCUCCCCUACCCUGGACGACGCUGGGCCAAUUGUGCGCCACCCCAUGGACACAUAUGCAUAUCUUAGCAUAUGUGCUAAUAUGCAUCUACUAGAAUAGUGUGGCCAUCAACGUUAUUUUCUCAAACUCUUUAGGGACAAUUGUGAUGAGUCCAAAGACCACAUUUGGAGUGAAUCUGACUUUUAGUCCAAGAGAAGAUUUUCUAUGAUUAUUUUAAGCAUUAGCGUUACAUAAUCAAAAAGGUGAAUUGUUAAUAGUUUCCUUAUUUUUGAAGAUAUCAAUGCCAAACAUGGUUCAUCAUGGUAAUGUCUUUGACGAUCCUAAAAAGUUUCAAGUGUUAAGUGGAUUUACGAAGGAGUGGAAUUACAGAGGAUUUAAAUGGACACAUAAAAUCAGAUUUCCUGAUUUAUCAAUAACUCAGCCAUUUCUUAACCAAUCCCUUAGCUCAAACUAAGUUAAGAUAUGUACCAUGGUCAUACAUACUGCAUUUUGUGUUAUUUGGAUUUAUGGUUCACGAGAAUAAGUUUUUCAAAGUAUUUUCCAAAAGUUCCAAGAUGGAGGAAAAUCUAUCCUGAUGGACCUUAUGUGUUCUUGAGGCAAAUUUGUUCAGCAUGAGGUUUCAAGUCUCUAGGUCAUACAGGGCGGUGGAAAUGAGGGUUUAAGUGAGACUGCUAAUAACAACGCCACCUAUAGGCCAAUUGGUGCUAUUCUUUUUGACAAAGUUAAUCAUGGCAUCUAGUUUAUGUGUGCCAAAAAAAAAAAAAAGUUAACAAUCUAUGCUAAGAAUAACAAUAGGUUUCACAGUUUUGCUGUGAACCCCUAAUUAAAACGAGACGCAGGAGUUGACGAGUGUUUGUACAAUAUCUAACAUGAGACUAUGGCAAUGUGUAUGUCAUAAUCUAUAUGUUAUGUGUUAUGUUAUUGCGUUUUUCUGACUGGUUGUCAUUCAUCUAUCUUGACAGAGUGUGAAGAUCCUGACCUACAAAGAGCCACAGAACCCGGAGUACCUGGAGUUUGUGUCCAACCUGAAGAAGGACGCCAUGAACAUGUUCAACUUCACCGUAGAAGACUCGCUGGUAAGUGGGAAUGGCUGAUUGGUUGCUUGCCUGGUUUUGUUGGUUGAUUGACAGGUUGAUCGACAGGCAGGGAGAGACCAGAAUAGAAAGAAGGUAGAAAUAAGACAGUAAAAGUAAAACUACAGAUGUUGUUGGAGCGAGAGUGGUAGAGACAAAGAAAUAGAGGGUGUCUCUCUUAUUCAGAGGAUGAAUACUCAAGAAAAUCCAACUUUGGAAAGGAUUGUACCUCUUUCAGACCCACAGACAAUUAAAUAGACAAAAAGUAUUAAUUAGACCAGGGAUGGGCAACUGGCGGUUCGCGAACCAAUACAAAAAAUCAUACCUAAAAAGAUUUUGGAACUCAGUCGGGGUCUCGACUUACUGUCGGGGCCUCCCAAGUGUCGCAGCGGUCUAAGGCACUGCAGUGCUAGAGGCGUCACUACAGAUCCGGGUUCGAUCCCAGGCUGUGUCGUAGCCAGCUGCGACCGGGAGACCCAUGAGGCGACGCAUAAUUGGCCCAGCGUGGUCCGGGUUAGGGGAGGGUUUGGCCGGCCGGGAUGUCCUUGUCCCAUCGCGCUCUAGCGACUCCUGUGGCGGACCGGGCGCAUGCAAAAUCUUCCCUCAGCCCCAAUGGCAAAAUGUGUAGAUGGAAGUGGGUACGCAGACCCACGAGCCACUGCGGCUCCUUAUGAUGAGUUCCGUUUUUUUGUGGCCCCCACCCCCAUCAAAGUUGCCCAUCCAUUAGAUUAACAAACACACUGACAGAUCCACAGACAGACUGCUAGACCAACAGAAAUGGAAUCGCCUCUUGCUGCUUAUCUAUUGGCUCACAGUUACCGAUAUGGGCCCAAACUGUACCGCCUCUACCUGCCUUCACAAUGCAUGACCUUUCAAAGGCUGCUGGGACAAGAGAGGACAUCCAAGAAGCUGUAGAAUUUUCAUGAUUUCCCCUCAGUCCUUAUGGAUCUCAUGGUAAAAAAACAAAGGCGGGGUUUAUUCUUUAAUUUAAUUCUGUCCUAUGAAGAACGGACUGAAAAUUGUACGAUAUACUGCUACAGUAAUUCCUCAUUGUCCCCACUACAGAUCCUUGGGUUGUCCCAUUCCAUCAACAGGGUUUACUGGGUAAAUGUAGCUUGUAUGAGUUAUUCAGGGCAGAGCAUACCAGUCAAGCCUCUGGUGACUGAAAUGGGGUGGUCAAAAAACACCUUCACAAUUUUCCUCUACCCUAUAUUUUCUCCUCUUCCACUCUUUCGCUUUAGUUAGAUAGUUUUGCCCUCUCUCUCUCUCUCUCACUCGCUCUCGCUCUCUCUGUCUCUGUCUCUGUCUCUGUCUCUGUCUCUGUCUCUGUCUCUCUCUCUUUCUCUCUCUUCUGUCUUGUUCUAAAACAUUAGCUUUAAUUAUUUAUAUAAAGGUGAAGAUUGGAGUCUAUGCGUUGAAUCUACACCCUUAGAAAAAAAUUGUGCUAUCUAGAACCAAAACAUUUUUGGGGGCUGUCCCCAUAGGAGAACCCUUUGAAGAACCCUUUUUUGUUCCAGGUAGAACCCUUUCCACAGAGGGUUCUAUCUGGGACCCAAAAUGGUUUUUACCUGGAACCAAAAAGGGUUCUCCCUGGAACCAAAAAGGGUUAUCCUAUGUGUACAGCUGAAGAACCCUUUUGGAACCCUUUUUUCUAAGAGUGUAGAAAAUGAACAUUCUGGCGUUUUGCCUUCUGGCUCUGGCUGGAUUUGCUAUUAUAGAAUUAUCUUGAUUACCGGUAUGCAAUUAUAAAACUGUAAGUAUAGGUGUUGCAUUUCAAUUCCAGUAUUUUAAAGUCAUCUAGAAAUAGUAAUUUCAUUGCACUUGGUUUGCACAAUCCCUAAGUAUGAUUGUCAAGUAAAAUUACAACUUAAUUAGGCUGUUGUCUGGCAACAGAUUUAGAUGUUACACUUAAAUGCUAAAUUCUGCAUGUUGGGACAUGCAGUUCUGGUAACCAUUGCUAUAAUAAAUGGUUAACUAUGCAUUCAUUUAAAAAACGGUGCUCUUUUUGGCUAUGCUAAUAGAAUAUAGGUUAUAGAACUGAUAACAAGCUCUCAAUGAGAUAUACUGCACAGAAGCAUCUUGCGGAAAUUAAAAUUGGCUGACUGCCAAUGGCUUACUGCUUUUUCUGUCUCUGAGAAUCCUGGUGCUGAAACCUACAGUAGUAGCAUUCAUGAUUCUCAUGCGUCACCCUGUUUUCUAAGUGGAUUAUUGGGCUUGCUGGAGUGUAUAUUUUCCACACAAACCUGGCUUUCGAUGGAUGAAGUUAUGCCACAGGUCUUUUUACAAUGCAAAUAGGGAUUUAUCUGUCAAAUAGAGCAUAUUGAGUUACAUACAGUGGGGGAAAAAAGUAUUUAGUCAGCCACCAAUUGUGCAAGUUCUCCCACUUAAAAAGAUGAGACAGGCCUGUAAUUUUCAUCAUAGGUACACGUCAACUAUGACAGACAAAUUGAGAAGAAAAAAAUCAAGAAAAUCACAUUGUAGGAUUUUUUAUGAAUUUAUUUGCAAAUUAUGGUGGAAAAUAAGUAUUUGGUCACCUACAAACAAGCAAUAUUUCUGGCUCUCACAGACCUGUAACUUCUUCUUUAAGAGGCUCCUCUGUCCUCCACUCGUUACCUGUAUUAAUGGCACCUGUUUGAACUUGUUAUCAGUAUAAAAGACACCUGUCCACAACCUCAAACAGUCACACUCCAAACUCCACUAUGGCCAAGACCAAAGAGCUGUCAAAGGACACCAGAAACAAAAUUGUAGACCUGCACCAGGCUGGGAAGACUGAAUCUGCAAUAGGUAAGCAGCUUGGUUUGAAGAAAUCAACUGUGGGAGCAAUUAUUAGGAAAUGGAAGACAUACAAGACCACUGAUCAUCUCCCUCGAUCUGGGGCUCCACGCAAGAUCUCACCCCGUGGGGUCGAAAUGAUCACAAGAACGGUGAGCAAAAAUCCCAGAACCACACGGGGGGACCUAGUGAAUGACCUGCAGAGAGCUGGGACCAAAGUAACAAAGCCUACCAUCAGUAACACACCAUGCCGCCAGGGACUCAAAUCCUGCAGUGCCAGACGUGUCCCCCUGCUUAAGCCAGUACAUGUCCAGGCCCGUCUGAAGUUUGCUAGAGUGCAUUUGGAUGAUCCAGAAGAGGAUUGGGAGAAUGUCAUAUGGUCAGAUGAAACCAAAAUAGAACUUUUUGGUAAAAACUCAACUCGUCGUGUUUGGAGGACAAAGAAUGCUGAGUUGCAUCCAAAGAACACCAUACCUACUGUGAAGCAUGGGGGUGGAAACAUCAUGCUUUGGGGCUGUUUUUCUGCAAAGGGACCAGGACGACUGAUCCGUGUAAAGGAAAGAAUGAAUGGGGCCAUGUAUCGUGAGAUUUUGAGUGAAAACCUCCUUCCAUCAGCAAGGGCAUUGAAGAUGAAACGUGGCUGGGUCUUUCAGCAUGACAAUGAUCCCAAAUACACCGCCCGGGCAACGAAGGAGUGGCUUCGUAAGAAGCAUUUCAAGGUCCUGGAGUGGCCUAGCCAGUCUCCAGAUCUCAACCCCAUAGAAAAUCUUUGGAGGGAGUUGAAAGUCCGUGUUGCCCAGCGACAGCCCCAAAACAUCACUGCUCUAGAGGAGAUCUGCAUGGAGGAAUGGGCCAAAAUACCAGCAACAGUGUGUGAAAACCUUGUGAAGACUUACAGAAAACGUUUGACCUGUGUCAUUGCCAACAAAGGGUAUAUAACAAAGUAUUGAGAAACUUUUGUUAUUGACCAAAUACUUAUUUUCCACCAUAAUUUGCAAAUAAAUUCAUAAAAAAUCCUACAAUGUGAUUUUCUGGAAUUUUCUUUCUCAUUUUGUCUGUCAUAGUUGACGUGUACCUAUGAUGAAAAUUACAGGCCUCUCUCAUCUUUUUAAGUGGGAGAACUUGCACAAUUGGUGGCUGACUAAAUACUUUUUUCCCCCACUGUAUCUCCUCUUGGGAAGAUUUUAGGGAUCUUUUUGGUCUGUGGCGUCAUAUUGUUUAUGGAAAAUAACAAACUGUUGCUUUAUAGCCACUGCUGGGUUCAAAGUCAGUGAGCUAAGGUUGUUGGAAAAUCUCUCACAGACUCUCAUAAGCAUGGCGGGGCUGAGCUAAUUCGAGUGACAGGGCUUUGUCACACUCCAGUAUCUCUAGUCUCAACCCAAUCAAUGGCCCCUCAGUUAGGAAGCUAGUGAGCUGGUCAUUAAUUAGCACAGCAGCAGUCCAGGAAAGGUAGAAAGUUACGCUUCCCCUCUCAUUUGGCACUUAGGAAAACUUGAUGAUAUCCGAAUUGGGAAAGUGUACUUGAGCAGCCCUGCUUAUUACACUAUGAGAAAGGGGCUAAAGUUCAGGCUAAACAUCUAUGUGGAUUUGUCAGCUCGUGAAAGCAGUUCCAUGCAUCUUUAGAUCACAUUGCAUUUGUGUGGGCGACAUAGUAAGUUUCACCUAAAUACACAAAUUAAAAUGUCUCUAUGAAGAUUUAGGAAAUGACACGUAUUGUGCAAGACAUUCAUUGUGUGAAACCAUGUCAAGGUAUAUAAAUGAUGUUAUUAUGUUUUGAGUUGUGAGUGGUAAUAUAGUGACUGUGAGGUGUAUGGGGAGUGUGGGUGUAGAGAGCUGCCUGGCUAAAAUUCAGGGCUGUCGUCUGUGAGAGAGCUUAAAUUGGUACUCAACAUCCCUAGGUGACGCAUGCUAAAGUGCUGAACGAGAGAUGUGGGUGGCAGGCGCUCCACCUUUAUUAGAGCCAGCGAGGGAUGGAGUGUGGGGACAGUUCUUCGCUCAGGGGCCAGCUCAUGUACCUGUGUCUGCCUGCCUGCCUGCCUGUUAAAGGUCCAAUGCAGCCAUUUUAUCUCAAUAUAAAAUCCUUUCUGGGUAACAAUUAAGUACCUAACUGUGAUUGUUUUCAAUUAAAAUGGUAAAAAAGAAACAAAAAUAGCUUCUUAGCAAAGAGCAAUUUCUCAAGCAAAAAUUUUACUUUCUGGGAGUGGGCUGAAAACUAGCUGUUAUUGGCAGAGAGGUUUGGAACUCUCUUUCUUAUUUGUCUGUUAACCAGUUUACCGUGAUGUCACCAGACAGGCCAAAACUCCAUCCCACCAAAAACAAGCCGUCUUUUCAAACAGCUCUUACACUGAAAGGGCAUUAUCAUCAUUUUCACAAAUUCACAGUAUUAUUCCAACUUCAUAGUGUGGAAGAAUAUAGAAAACACAGGGAAAUCAUGUUUUUGACUGCACUGGGCCUUUAAGCCAUAUUUAUGGUAGAAAAGUGGCGUCCUGGUGGGUCGCAGACACACUUCUGUGCCACUCCACUGUGGCCAACACGCACUUAAUUCUGUCUGCUUUGCCGUCACAUCUGUCUGCGACUCACCAGGACGAAACGUACCUUUUCUAACAUAAAUUGGGUUUUUGUCUGUCUGUCUGUCCAUCCGCUGGUCCGUCCGUCUGUCCUUCUUUCUGACUUUUGCCAAUGAACACCUACCUACCUGUCUGCUACUCUGAUAUCUCUCUGUUCAGCUCUCUCCAUAUCCCAAGCUUUAUUUUUCUCUCUUCCAUGUGUCUGUACUGGGCUUGAAUGAGUCCACCUGGCCACUGUUUUCGACAUAGUAAGUCUUUCAGCUGCCCAAAUCUUUAAUGCCCAUAUUGGAAGUUAUUUUGCUCACCCCUACAACUACUGCUGCAUGCUUUGGAGAUAGUUUCAUCAUUAAACUCCUUCAUAUCUUCAUCCCUUGUUACCUGUGGACAACAAUGAGAGCAGCUGUCAAAAUACCUACCACAGCAUGAGUCACUAAAAUCCAGUCGCUACUGUAAAUACACACUGGAUCCCACAACAUGUACAGAGUUGAAGGUCAAUUUAAACAGAAACAGACAGAGAAGAGAACUGACUAAAUAAACAUAAUGUUUGCUUAUAUUAAGCUUAUGUUUGAUUAAUGUAUGAAGGAAUAGUUGGUUGGUUGGAUGGGUGGGUGUAUAGUUUGUUGGCAAUGUUUUAGCUAACAUUGCUUGGAUUUUAAGGUUUGCUGGAGGGUGGGUGGUUGGAUGGAUAGAUGGAUGGAUGAAUGGGCAUACAGUCAGGUCCAGAAUUAUUGGCACCCUUGAUAAAGAUGAGCAAAAAAGACUGUAUAAAAUCAAUAAUACAAAUACUGAGCUAUAAAGUAUCCUCCCAAUUAUUUUUAAAUUAUAUUAUUUUAAACUAAUACAAUUGCUCAGAGAAAUAUAUUUUGUUUAACAAGUGAUAAAAAGUAAUAUAAAAAACACUGGUCCUUGGACUCUUCUUAAGGUCAACGGCAACAUUAACUUUUCCAGUACCCGGACAUUUUAGCCAAAAACCUAUUUGCCUCUGCCAGAGGGAUUAACAUUGUAUUCAAGUGGAUCUUCCAGCAAGACAAUAACACAUAAAAAUCCACAAAUAAAUGGUUAAUUGACCACAAAAUCCACAUUUUGCAAUGGAAACCUGUGGUUUGAAAUGAAGAGGGCAGUCCAUAAGCACAGACGAAGGAUAUCAAGGAUCUGGAAAGAUUCUGUACGGAGGAAUGGUCUAAGAUCCCUCCCAGUCUCAUAAAACAUUUUAGAAAAAGUCUCAGUGCCGUUAUCCUCACAAUGUGAGGUAUUGAAAGGUAUUGAAAACAGGGGUGUCAAUAAAUUUGACCCCUAUCUUUUUGAGAAAAAAACUAAAUCUCUUUCUUUGAGAAAUUAAAAAGAAUGUUCCCAUUUUUUUUAGCAUACAAUAUAGCUCAGUAUUUUUUUCUCAUCUUUAUCAACGGUGCCAAUAAUUCUGGACCUGACUGUAGAUCAAAUCAAAUCAAAUUGUAUUGGUCACAUGCGCCGAAUACAACAGGUGCAGACAUUACAGUGAAAUGCUUACUUACAGCCCUUAACCAACAGUGCAUUUAUUUAAAAAAAAAAAGUAAGAAUAAAACAACAACAAAAAAAGUGUUGAGAAAAAAAGAGCAGAAGUAAAAUAAAGUGACAUUAGGGAGGCUAUAUAUACAGGGGGGUACCGUUGCAGAGUCAAUGUGCGGGGGCACCGGCUAGUUGAGGUAGUUGAGGUAAUAUGUACAUGUGGGUAGAGUUAAAGUGACUGUGCAUAAAUACUUAACAGAGUAGCAGCAGCGUAAAAAGGAUGGGGUGGGGGGGCAGUGCAAAUAGUCCGGGUAGCCAUGAUUAGCUGUUCAGGAGUCUUAUGGCUUGGGGGUAGAAGCUGUUGAGAAGUCUUUUGGACCUAGACUUGGCACUCCGGUACCGCUUGCCGUGCGGUAGCAGAGAGAACAGUCUAUGACUAGGGUGGCUGGAGUCUUUGACAAUUUUGAGGGCCUUCCUCUGACACCGCCUGGUAUAGAGGUCCUGGAUGGCAGGAAGCUUUGCCCCAGUGAUGUACUGGGCCGUACGCACUACCCUCUGUAGUGCCUUGCGGUCGGAGGCCAAGCAGUUGCCAUACCAGGCGGUGAUGCAACCAGUCAGGAUGCUCUCGAUGGUGCAGCUGUAGAAUUUUUUGAGGAUCUGAGGACCCAUGCCAAAUCUUUUUAGUCUCCUGAGGGGGAAUAGGCUUUGUCGUGCCCUCUUCACGACUGUCUUGGUGUGUUUGGACCAUGAUAGUUCGUUGGUGAUGUGGACACCAAGGAACUUGAAGCUCUCAACCUGUUCCACUACAGCCCCAUCGAUGAGAAUGGGGGCGUGCUCAGUCCUCUUUUUUUUCCUGUAGUCCACAAUCAUCUCCUUUGUCUUGGUCACGUUGAGGGAGAGGUUGUUGUCCUGGCACCACACGGCCAGAUCUCUGACCUCCUCCCUAUAGGCUGUCUCAUCGUUGUCGGUGAUCAGGCCUACCACUGUUGUGUCGUCGGCAAACUUAAUGAUGGUGUUGGAGUCGUGCCUGGCCAUGCAGUCAUGGGUGAACAGAGAGUACAGGAGGGGAUUCAGCACGCACCCCUGAGGGGCCCCCGUGUUGAGGAUCAGUGUGGCAGAUGUGUUGUUACCUACCCUUACCACCUGGGGGCGGCCCGUCAGGAAGUCCAGGAUCCAGUUGCAGAGGGAGGUGUUUAGUCCCAGGAUCCUUAGCUUAGUGAUGAGCUUAGAGGGCACUAUGGUGUUGAAUGCUGAGCUGUAGUCAAUGAAUAGCAUUCUCACGUAGGUGUUCCUCUUGUCCAGGUGGGAAAGGGCAGUGUGGAGUGCGAUAGAGAUUGCAUCAUCUGUGGAUCUGUUGGGGCGGUAUGCAAAUUGGAGUGGGUCUAGGGUUUCUGGGAUAAUGCUGUUGAUGUGAGCCAUGACCAGUCUUUCAAAGCACUUCAUGGCUACAGACGUCAGUGCUACGGGUCGGUAGUCAUUUAGGCAGGUUAUCUUAGAGUCCUUGGGCACGGGGACUAUGGUGGUCUGCUUGAAACAUGUUGGUAUUACAGACUCAGUCAGGGACAUGUUGAAAAUGUCAGUGAAGACACUUGCCAGUUGGUCAGCACAUGCUCGGAGUACACGUCCUGGUAAUCCGUCUGGCCCUGCGGCCUUGUGAAUGUUGACCUGCUUAAAAGUCUUACUCACAUCGGCUACGGAGAGCGUGAUCACAUAGUCAUCCGGAACAGCUGGUGCUCUCAUGCAUGCUUCAGUGUUGCUUGCCUCGAAGCGAACAUAGAAGUGGUUUAGCUCGUCUUGUAGGCUUGUGUCACUGGGCAGCUCGCGGCUGUGCUUCCCUUUGUAGUCUGUAAUAGUUUUCAAGCCCUGCCACAUCCGACGAGCGUCAGAGCCAGUGUAGUAUGAUUCAAUCUUAGACCUGUAUUGACUCUUUGCCUGUUUGAUGGUUCGUCGGAGGUCAUAGCGGCAGCUCUACCCUUUAGCUCAGUGCGGAUGUUUCCUGUAAUCCAUGGCUUCUGGUUGGGGUAUGUACGUACGGUCACUGUGGGGAUGACAUCAUCGAUGCACUUAUUGAUGAAGCCAGUGACUGAUGUGGUGUACUCCUCAAUGCUGUCUGAAGAAUCCCAGAACAUGUUCCAGUCUGUGCUAGCAAAACAGUCCUGUAGCUUAGCAUCUGCGUCAUCUGACCACUUUUUUAUUAACCGAGUCACUGGUGCUUCCUGCUUUAGUUUUUGCUUAUAAGCAGGAAUCAGGAGGAUAGAGUUAUGGUCAGAUUUGCCAAAUGGAGGGCGAGGGAGAGCUUUGUAUGCGUCUCUGUGUGUGGAGUAAAGGUGGUCUAGAGUUUUUUUCCCUCUGGUUGCACAUUUAACAUGCUGGUAGAAAUUAGGUAGAACGGAUUUAAGUUUCCCUGCAUUAAAGUCCCCGGCCACUAGGAGCGCUGCAUCUGGAUGAGCGUUUUCCUGUUGAUUAAUGGCCUUGUACAACUCAUUCAGUGCAAUCUUAAUGCCAGCAUUGGUUUGUGGUGGUAAAUAGACAGCUAUGAAAAAUAUAGAUGAAAACUCUCUUGGUAAAUAGUGUGGUCUACAGCUUAUCAUAAGAUACUCUACCUCAGGCGAGCAAAACCUCGAGACUUCCUUAGUAUUUGAUUUUGUGCACCAGCUGUUGUUUACAAAUAUACACAGACCGCCACCCCUUGUCUUACCGGAGUCAGCCGUUCUGUCCUGCCGAUGUAGCGUAUAGCCUGCUAGCUGAAUGUUAUCAUUGUUGUCGUUCAGCCACGACUCCGUGAAACAUAAGAUAUUACAGUUUUUAAUGUCCCGUUGGUAGGAUAACCGUAAUCUUAAAUCGUCCAUUUUAUUUUCAAAAGAUUGAACGUUGGCUAAUAGGAUUGAUGGAAGAGGCAGUUUACUCGCUCGCCGUCGGAUCUUUACAAGCACCCCGAUCUCCGUCCGCGAUAUCUCCGUCUCUUCCUCACGCGAAUGACGGGGAUUUGGGCCUUGUCGGGUGUCUGUAUGAUAUCCUUCGCGGCCGCCUCGUUGAAGAAAAAAUCUUCGUCCAAUACGAGGUGAGUAAUCGCUGUCCUGAUAUCCAGAAGCUCUUUUUGGUUAUAAGAGACGAUGGCAGAAACAUUAUGUACAAAAUAAAUUACAAAUAACGCGGAAAAACACACAUAAUAGUACAAUUGGUUAGAGGGCUGUAAAACUGCAGCCAUCUUCUCCGGCGCUGUUCUGUUCUGGCUUGAAUGAUGAUUCACUCAAAGAUACGAAGCUACUCAGAGGACAUUCCAGUGGACCGUGCCAUUUACAGCAUCUUCUAGGUUUAUUUGCAGGGCUUCUCCAGUUGUCCCAUGUCCACAGUGGGAGGUUAGACAGAGUUCUAACCACAGGGGAAUAGGAUAUGUUUCUCCAUGUCUGAGUGAUGAGGAGAUAUGGCCAGUUUGGGCACACGUGUAAAUCCCAGCUCCUAGUCUGGGCUCUAACCCAAACAAAUACAGGUUUUCUAUAAUAGUUAUAGUUACACAGUUCCAUUCGGGGCCAGUAAAUAAUCCCUAUGUCAGCUUGACCUCUUUCAAGGUCCAUUCAAGACACACAGUCGUGCUUACAAACACAGAGUCACAUACAGGCUUGACUCGGACUCACGCACAACAACAUGUAGACAAACCCACACAAACCCACACACAAACGCACACACUGUUAUGGAUACUCUCAGACGUGUACACAGAAUACAGUACACAAAGGUAGGGCGAGGUAGAGGCAUAGAAAGUGGAGUAUAAGAUAGACAGGUAGAAAGUAAGUAACAAUAAACAGAUGAAGAGGAGAUAACAACAGAUGGUAUGAGAGUGGAUAUAACAGAGAUUUGAUGACGGUCCUCCUCCCUCCAUCUUUCUAGACAAACCUGAUAGCAGGAGGCUUCUAUGACGGGGUAAUGCUUUACUCUCAGGCCCUGAACGAGACCAUGGCCGAGGGAGGAGGCCGGCCGCGAGGGGACACCGUCACCAAGAGGAUGUGGAACCGCACGUACCAGGGUGAGUCAAUGCAGAUACACACACACACACAAUGCCCGUACCAAUACAAUAUUCCAAACUUAUUUUGCAGUGUUGCCGUACCGUCCAUUUGAAAUGAGAUGGUUGUUUUUGGUAAGCUCGCCACUAUUUUGCUCACUUUAAGGUUUGUGCAUUGGACAGAAAAUGUCACCCAUCAUCUGUACACUUUUAGAUAAAAAGGUGCAAUCUAGAACCUAAAGAGUUCUACCUGGAACCAAAAAGGGUUCUCCUAUGGGGACAGCCGAAGAACCCUUUUGGAGCCCUUUUUUCUAAGAUUGUACAUAUAGCUUACAUAAUGAGAGAGAUGCCACAGCAUGCUGCACAAAAUAUUACAAUAACAUGAUAUUAUUAUGUGAUUAAUCCCACAUAAAAAAAAUACUAUAGUAUUCAUUGUAGUGUUUUUGCAGACUUUACUGUAGUAUUCACUGUAGUAUUUAUAGUUAACUAUAGUAUAAAUAAUGUAGUAAAAUAAAACUGUAGUAUAUACUAUAUUAUGAAUGUGGUGGUUCGAGCCCUGAAUGCUGAUUGGCUGCCAGCCGUGUUAUAUCAGACCGUAUACCACGGUUAUGACAAAACAUUUAUUUUUACUGCUCUAAUUACAUUGGUAACCAGUUUAUAAUGGCAAUAAGGCACUUCGGGGGUUUGUGGUAUAUGACCAAUAUACCAUGGCUAGGGGCUGUAUCCAGGCACUCCACGUUACGCCGUGCAUUAGAACAGCCCUUAGCCGUGGUAUAUUGGCCAUAUACCACACCCCCUUGGGCCUUAUUGCUUAAGUAAUUAAUGUAGCGUUUUUGCGGAUUGUAGUAUACUGCAGUAUUUACUGUAGUGUUUUAGCAGACUGUAGUAUACUGUAAUAUUUACUGUAGUGUUUUUGCAGACUGUAGUAUACUGUAGUAUUUACAGUAGUUUUUGCAGACAUUGCUCUAUUAUUUACUAUAGUGUUUUAGUGUUAAUAUCUUUGACAUAGAAGUGGAGUCUUUCUCCUUGAGGAAACAUAAUGGAGAAAUAAUAAAAUAGCACAUUUUCCAUAACCUGUAAAUCCAAUCAAAUCUAAUGUUAUUGUGUCACAUGCUUCGUAGAAAACAGGUGUAGACUAACAGUGAAAUGCUUACUUACGGGCCCUUCCCAACAAUGCAGAGAGAAAAAUGGAAAAAGAAUAGAAAAAGAAUAACACAAGGAAUAAAUACAGAAUGAGUAACGAUAACAUUACAUUACAUUACAGUAAUUUAGCAGACGCUCUUAUCCAGAGUGACUUACAGUUAGCGCAUACAUUAUUUUAUAUUUAUCAUACUGGCCCCCCGUGGGAAACGAACCCACAACCCUGGCGUUGCAAACGCCACGCUCCACCAACCGAGCUACAUCCCUGCCGGCCAUUCCCUCCCCCUACCCUGGACGACGCUGGGCCAAUUAUGCGCCGUCCCAUGGGUCUCCCGGUCGCGGCCGGCUACGACAGAGCCUGGAUUCGAACCAGGAUCUCUAGUGGCACAGCUAACACUGAUAACUUGGCUAUAUACACGGGGUACCAGUACCGAGUUGACGUGCAGGCUACGAGGUAAUUGAGGUAGAUACAGUAUUCACACCCCUUGACUUUUUCCACAUCUUGUUACGCUACAUUUAAAAAACAUUUUCACUGGCCUACUCACAAUACCCCAUAAUGUCAAAAUGGAAUGAUGUUUUUAGAAAUGUUUACAAAUUAAUACAAAAUGAAAAGCUGAAAUGAAAAGCUGAAAUAAGUAUUCAACCCCUUUGUUAUGGCAAGCCUAAAUAAGUUCAGUAGUAAAACAUUUGCUUAACAAGUCACAUAAUAAGUUGCAUGGACUCACUCUGUUUGCAAUAAUAGUGUUUAACAGGAUUUUUGAAUAACUACCUCAUCUCUGUACCCCACACAUACAAUUAUCUCUAAGAUCCCUCAGUCGAGCAAGGAAUUUCAAACACAGAUUCAACCACAAAGACCAGGGAGGUUUUCCAAUGUCUUGCAAUGGAUGGCACCUAUUGGUAGAUGGCUAAAAAUAAAAAAGCAGACUUUGAAUAUCCAUUUGAGCAUGGUGAAGUUAUUAAAAACACUUUGGAUGGUGUAUCAAUACACCCAGUCACUACAAAGAUACAGGUGUCCUUCCUAAAUAUUCCAAAACAUGCAUCCUGUUUACAACAAGGCACUAAAGUAAUACAGCAAAUGUGGCAAAGCAAUUCACUUUUUGAGCUGAAUACAAAAUGUAUGUUAGGGGAAAAUCCAAUACAACACAUUACUGAGUACCAUUCUCCAUAUUUUCAAGCAUAGUGGUGGCUGCAUCAUGUUAUGGGUAUGCUUAUAAUCGUUAAGAACUUGGGAGUUUUUCAGGAUAAAAGAUAAAUGGCACAGGCAAAACCCUAGAGGAAACCUGGUUCAGUCUGCUUUCCACCAGACACUGGGAGAUGAAUUCACCUUUCAGCAGGACAAUAACCUAAAACACAAGGCCAACUCUACACUGGAGUUCCUUACCAAGAAGACAGUGAAUGUUCCUGAGUGGCCGAGUUACAGUUUUGACUUAAAUCUACUUGAAAAUCUUUGUCAAGACCUGCAAAUCGUUGUCUAGCAAUGAUCAACAACCAAUUUGACAGAGCUUGAAGAUUUUUGAAAAUAAUAAUAGGCAAAUGUUGCACAAUCCAGGUCUGGAAAUCUCUUAGAGACUUACCCAGAAAGACUCUCACGGCUUUAAUCGCUGCCAAAGGUGCUUCUACAAAGUAUUGACUCAAGGGUGUGAAUACUUAUGUAAAUAGGUUAUUUCUGUAUUUCAUUUUCAAUACAUUUGCAAACAUUUCCAGAAAAAUGUUUUCACUUUGUCAUUAUGGGGUAUUGUCUGUAGAUGGGUGAGAAAAAAAUGAAUUUAAUACAUUUUGAAUUCAGGCUGUAACGCAACAAAAUGUGGAAUAUGUCAAGGGGUAUGAAUACUUUCUGAAGGCACUGUACAUAUAGGUAGGGGUAAAGUGACUAGGCAACAGGAUAGAUCAUAAACAGUAGCAGCAGUGUAUGUGAUGAGUCAAAAGAGAGUGCAAAUAGUGCGGGUAGCUAUCUGGUUAACUUUUUAGCAGUCUUAUGGCUUGGGGGUAGAAUCUGUUCAUGGUCCUGUUAGUUCCAGACUUGGUGCAUCGGUAUCGCUUGCCGUGCGGUAGCAGAAAGUCAACAGUGUAUGACUUGGGUGGCUGGAGUUUUUAACAAUUCUUAGGGCUUUCCUCUGACACAGCCUGGUAUAGAGGUCCUGGAUGGCAGGGAGCUCAGCCCCAGUGAUGUAGGGCCGUAUGCACUACCCUCUGUAGCGCCUUGCGGUCGGAUGCCAAGCAUUACACUAUCAGCUCCUUUGUCUUGCUGACGUUGAGGUAGAGGUUGUUGUCCUGGCACCACACUGCCAGGUCACCGACCUCCUCCCACCGUCAUGGUAGGCCUGAUCACCCGAACUGAGAGGGGAGAUAGGUUUGUUCCGGUUGGUAAAGCUGACGACUUCUCCGAGUUGAAAGACAGACUGGCGCGACUGGGCGACUUUUCUUCAGGUGUGGACAUAUUGGGGCAUCUGAACGAUCAAAAUGUGAAACUGCAGGGAAAUUGUGUUUUUGUGCAUGAACUGUAUUCCAACGUGAAAGCAUUCAAGGCUAAACUUAUGUUGUUCUCCAGACAAAUGAGCAGCCGGUCUCUCGCUCAUUUUCCGACACUGGACACACUGAACGCGCCCACAUUGCAGUGCCGCACUGAGACAUACAGUAGCACUUUGAUCAACCUGCAUGCUGAGUUUUCCCGCCGCUUCUCAGACUUCACCAAGAUUGAGACUGAGCUGGAGCUUGCAUCAUGCCCCCUGUCUUUUGACAGUGAGAAAGCACCAACAGACACACAAUUGGAGCUCAUCGACAUCCAAUGUGAAAGUGCUUUGAAGGAUAAGUAAAAAACAGCAACAAUAGACCAGUUCUAUGGCUCACUGAAUUAAACAAUUUUCCAAACAUUAAAAAGCACGCCCAAAGGAUACUUAUUUAAUUCGGGUCCACAUAUGUGUGUGAACAAACGUUCUCAGUCAUGAAUUACAACAAAUCCCAUCACAGGUCAAAUUUAACAAAUGAUCACUUGUCAGCUGUUCUGAGAAUCUCUACAUCAAAGAUGACACCAGACUUUGAUGCCCUUGCCAAGAGAGGUGACCAGACCCAUUGUUCACAUUAAGACUUGAUUAACCAUGACAGGGGUAGGCAAUAAUUAUGCUUUUUCAUGGUGAUGGUUAUGCAGUGAGAAUUAUCCAGCAAUGCACUUGGAUACAGGUAAUAACUAAUCAGUCAGAUUUGGGAUGAGGUGAUUGGAUAACUGAAAAUAUGUCUCACAAUGGAGAUGAGAAUUGUUCCUUAAUAUGCUUUCAAAAACAGACCAUUCCAAAUGAAAUGGAUUGGAUGCUCUUACUAUAUGUUUCACUCAAAUUUUAGAAUCAUCUUUUUUACACAUCUGCUGUUACAUUUUGCAUGUCUCCAGUCAUAUAAUAUACAGUGCCUUGCAAACGUAUUCAUCCCCCUUGGCAUUUUUCCUAUUUUGUUGCAUGACAACCUGUAAUUUAAAUUGAUUUUUAUUUCGAUUUCAUGUAAUGGACAUACACGAAAUAGUCCAAAUUGGUGAAGUGAAAAAAAGUUUAAACAAUUCAAAAAAAUCAAUAACGGAAAAGUGGUGCGUGCAUAUGUAUUCACCCCCUUUGCUAUGAAGCCCCUAAAUAAGAUCUGGUGCAACCAAUUACCUUCAGAAGUCACAUAAUAAGUUAAAUAAAGUCCACCUGUGUGCAAUCUAAGUGUCACAUGAUCUGUCACAUGAUCUCAGGAUAUAUACACCUGUUCUGAAAGGCCCCAGAGUCUGCAACACCACUAAGCAAGGGGCACCACCAAGCAAGUGGCACCAUGAAGACCAAGGAGCUCUCCAAACAGGUCAGGGACAAAGUUGUGGAGAAAUACAGAUCAGGGUUGGGUUGUAAAAAAAAAUCUGAAACUUUGAACAUCCCACGGAGCACCAUUAAAUCCAUUAUUAAAAAAAUGAAAGAAUAUGGCACCACAACAAACCUGCCAAGAGAGGGCUGCCCACCAAAACUCACAGACCAGGCAAGGAGGCUAUUAAUCAGAGGCAACAAAGAGACCAAAGAUAACCCUGAAGGAGCUGCAAAGCUCCACAGCGGAGAUUGGAGUAUCUGUCCAUAGGACCACUUUAAGCUGUACACUCAACAUAGCUGGGCUUUAAGGAAGAGUGGCCAGAAAAAAGGCAUUGCUUAAAGAAACAAAUAAGCAAACACGUUUGGUGUUCGCCAAAAGGCAUUUGAGAGACUCCCCAAACAUAUGGAAGAAGGUACUCUGGUCAGAUGAAACUAAAAUUGAGCUUUUUGGCCAUCAAUGAAAACGCUAUGUCUGGCGCAAACCCAACACCUCUCAUCACCCCGAGAACACAAUCCCCACAGUGAAGCAUGGUGAUAGCAGCAUCAUGCUGUGGGGAUGUUUUUCAUCGGCAGGGACUGGGAAACUGGUCAGAAUUGAAGGAAUGAGCGAAAUUACAGCGAAAUUCUUGAGGGAAACCUGUUUCAGUCUUCCAGAGAUUUGAGACUGGGACGGAGGUUCACCUUCCAGCAGGACAAUGACCCUAAGCAUACUGUUAAAGCAACACUUGAGUGGUUUAAGGGGAAACAUUUAAAUGUCUUGGAAUGGCCUUGUCAUAGCCCAGACCUCAAUCCAAUUGAGAAUCUGUGGUAUGAUUUAAAGAUUGCUGUACACCAGCGGAACCCAUUCAACUUGAAGGAGCUGGAGCACUUUUGCCUUGAAGAAUAGGCAAAAAACCCAGUGGCUAGAUGUGCCAAGCUUAUAGAGACAUACCCCAAGAGACUUGCAGCUGUAAUUGCUGCAAAAGGUGGCUCUACAAAGUAUUGACUUUGGGGGGGUGAAUAGUUAUGCACGCUGAAGUUUUCUGUUUUUUUGUCUUAUUUCUUGUUUGUUUCACAAUAAAACAUAUUUUACAUCUUCAAAGUGGUAGGCAUGUUGUGUAAAUCAAAUGAUACAAACCCCCCAAAAAUCUAUUUUAAUUCCAGGUUGUUAGGCAACAAAAUAGGAAAAAUGCCAAGGGGGUUGAAUACUUUCGCAAGCCACUGUAUAUCUAUUUUUAAGUUUGCAUAUUGUGACUGUAAGUUUGAUUGUACUUUACAAGGGUAGAGAUGCAGGAUCUGUGUGUGUGUUUGACUGUGUCUGUGAUGUUAUAUAUUAUAUCAAUUUUGAGAAACUUUUGUGACAGGGUAGAGAUGGUACAAGGGUAGAAUUGUUCUGCAAGCAGAUGUACACCUACAGUAGACUAGUAGUUGCAUGUCAAUGAGAAAAUGAAUAAAGGCUUCACAUGUUUUGUCACGUAUAUAGUAUGUGGCCCUUCAUUUGGUUUCAAAAACUCAAUGUGGCCCUUAAUGUGAUAUUUCAGUUUUAAAUUCUUAAUACAUUUGCAAGUUGUUGUUUUUUAGCUGUUUUUGCUUUGGUAUUAUGGGGUAUUCUGUGUAGAUUGAUGAGGGGGGGGGGGAAACUAUUUCAUCCAUUUUAGAAUAAGGCUGUGCUGUAACAAGGAGGGCCGAACAUGCCCCCAUUCACAUCGACAGGGCUGUAGUGGAGCGGGUUGAGAGUUUCAAGUUCCUUGGUGUCCACAUCACCAACAAACUAUCAUGGUCCAAACACACCAAGAAAGUUGUGAAGAGGGCACGACAACGCCUUUACCCCCUCAGGAGACUAAAAAGAUUUGGUAUGGGGGUCCCCAGAUCCUACAGCUGCACCACUGAGAGCAUCCCUGCUCGGCAUCCAACCGUAAGGUGCUACAGAGGGUAUUGCAUAUGGCCCAGUACACUGGGGCCAAGCUUCCUGCCAUCCAGGACCUAUAUACUAGAUGGUGUCAGAGGAAGGCCCAAAAAAUUGUCAAAGACUCCAGUCACCCAAGUCAUAGACUGUUCUUUCUGCUACCGCACGGCAAGCGGUACCGGAGCGCCAAGUCUAGGUCCAACAUUUUCCUUAACAACCACUACCCCCAAGCCAUAAGUCCCCUGUAGCUCAGUUGGUAGAGCAUGGCGCUUGCAACGCCAGGGUUGUGGGUUCGUUUCCCAUGGGGGGCCUGUAUGAAAAUGUAUGCACUCACUAACUGUAAGUUGCUCUGGAUAAGAGCGUCUGCUAAAUGACUAAAAUUUAAAUAAGACUGCUGAAAAAUUUAUCAAAUGGCCACCCGGACUAUUUGCCUUGACUGCCCCCUUUGUUUUUACACUGCUGCUACUCGCUGUUUAUUAUCUACGUAUAGUCACUUUACCCCUACCUACAUGUACAAAUGACCUCAACUAACCUGUACCCCGCACAUUGAUCGGUACCGGUACCCCCUGAAGUCGGAAGUUUACAUACACCUUAGCCAAAUACAUUUAAACUCAGUUUUUCACAAUUCCUGACAAAUUAAUCCUAGUAAAAAUUCCCUGUCUUAGGUCAGUUAGGAUCACCACUUUAUUUUAAGAAUGUGAAAUGUCAGAAUAAUAGUAGAGAGAAUUAUUUCUUUCAGCUUUUAUUUCUUUCAUCACAUUCCCAGUGGGUCAGAAGUUUACAUACACUCAAUUAGUAUUUGGUAGCAUUGCCUUUAAAUUGUUUAACUUGGGUCAAACAUUUCGGGUAGCCUUCCACAAGCUUCCCACAAUAAGUUGGGUGAAUUUUGGCCCAUUCCUCCUAACAGAGCUGGUGUAACUGAGUCAGGUUUGUAGGCCUCCUUGCUUGCACACGCUUUUUCAGUUCUGCCCACAAAUGUUCUAUAGGCUUGAGGUCAGGGCUUUGUGAUGGCCACUCCAAUACCUUGACUUUGUUGUCCUUAAGCCAUUUUGCCACAACUUUGGAAGUAUGCUUGGGGUCAUUGUCCAUUUGGAAGACCCAUUUGCGACCAAGCUUUAACUUCCUGACUGAUGUCUUGAGAUGUUGCUUCAAUAUAUCCACAUGCAAGCAACCCCCCUUUUCCUCCAAACAUAACGAUGCUCAUUAUGGCCAAACAGUUCUAUUUUUGUUUUAUCAGGCCAGAGGACAUUUCUCCAAAAAGUACGAUCUUUGUCCCGAUGUGCAGUUGCAAACCGUAGUCUGGCAUUUUAUGGCGGUUUUGGAGCAGUGGCUUCUUCCUUGCUGAGCGGCCUUUCAGGUUAUGUCGAUAUAGGACUCGUUUUACUGUGGAUAUAGAUACUUUUGUACCUGUUUCGUCCAGCAUCUUCACAAGGUCCUUUGCUGUUGUUCUGGGAUUGAUUUGCACUUUUCGCACCAAAGUACGUUCAUCUCUAGGAGACAGAAUGCGUCUCCUUUCUGAGCGGUAUGACGGCUGCGUGGUCCCAUGGUGUUUAUACUUGCGUACUAUUGUUUGUACAGAUGAACGUGGUACCUUCAGGCGUUUGGAAAUGGCUCCCAAGGAUGAACCAGACUUGUGGAGGUCUACAAUUCUUUUUCUGAGGUCUUGGCUGAUUUCUUUUGAUUUUCCCAUGAUGUCAAGAAAAGAGCCACUGAGUUUGAAGGUAGGCCUUGAAAUACAUCCACAGGUACACCUCCAAUUGACUCAAAUGAUGUCAAUUAGCCUAUCAGAAGCUUCUAAAGCCAUGACAUCAUUUUUUGGAAUAACUUGAUUGCAUUCAUUGAAAGAAUACAAUAAUACGAUUAAAAAUUAUCCUCGGUGGUUUCACAUUCUGACAACAGAACGAUUAGCUUGUCGUGCCGAAGUCCAUACUUCUCACUUGAGGCCUUUCCGAGCUCUUAUCUCUGCUUUUGUUCUUGAUGUCAUCGUGCAAUGUAAACUUCUGACCCACUGGAAUUGUGAUACAGUGAAUUAUAAGUGAAAUAAUCUGUCUGUAAACAAUUGUUGGAAAAAUUACUUGUGUCAUGCACAAAGUAGAAUUCCUAAACGACUUGCCAAAACUAUAGUUUGUUAACAAGAAAUGUCUGGAGUGGUUGAAAAACAAGUUUUAAUGACUCCAACCUAAGUGUAUGUAAACUUCCGACUUCAACUGUAGCCUCAUUAUUGUUAUUUUAUUGUGUUCUCAUAUUUUUUGUAUUUAAAAAAAAAACGUUAGUUUAUUUAGUAAAUAUAUUCUUAACUCAAUUUUCUUAAAACUGCAUUGUUGGUUAAGGGCUUGUAAGGAAUGUAUCUUUCGUCUCUCUGUGUUUUCCUUCAAUUCACAAGAUGAUGAAUGUAUAUCACCGGCGAAAGCAUCCGAGCAAGUGAAACAGCCCCGCUCUGUCUCUGUGUGUGUAGGCCAUCUAUCUGAUGCAGUCUGGUCUUAAAGAGUAUGACAUUGUUGCCGCCCAUAGCAUUCACAGAUAAAUACAUUACUCUGUGAAUAAAUACAAUACUAUCACAGAGAAAUAAAUCAUCGAUAGAAACAACUUGAAUUGCUGCAUCUCGUUGUGUUGUUGUCCUCCGGUGGCUAGCUAGCUAGCUAAAAUAGUCCCUUUCCUAAAUUAGCCAUGGAUGGAGAUAGGGAUUUGGACUGGUAGUUUUACUUAAUUCUCCGUACUGGCCAAUGAUUAUAACGGCGAUUCUGAUCCAACCAUAAAAUACAUUGUGCCCUUGGACUGAGAUAAUGGAAGUUCAAUAUGUAGCUAGAUGUAGAAGGUUAAUAUUAACUAGCUAACGUUGCCCAUGAAAGGAAGUUAGGCUAACGAGAAAGCAUUUUAGACAGAUAGCCUAGGACAACAAAACAUAAAAGCGUGUACUGUAUGACAGUCAUAGACCGUUUCAUCAACAUGAUAGAGAGGAGGAUGGCAUUGGCAUUUCUCUACAAUUAGGGUGAGUCAAAUAUUUUUUGCAGGAAUACACACACACACACACACACUAGAUUGUUUUUGGUAUAUUUUAGUUGUCACUGUAUUAGACUAAGCAUUGGUCAUUUGAUGUUGAAAUGUUGAUGUUGAAAUGGGGCUGGAAUAGUGGAGGCAGCUCCUGUUUUCUUUGUGACUUGCAGUAACUCUCUGUGGUUCUAAAUCUAUAGUUGUUUAGUAGUACGAAAAUGUCGGAAACAUUAACUUUCUUGACCAUGAUGUAGGUCAUGUAACUGUUUGUUACAUGCCAUAUGCUUUGUGGACUUCACCGGACAGAGUUUGCUCUCCGGUUUUGUGAUGAAACAAAGGUGUGGUUGAAUUUAUUCUGCUACUGUAUCUUCUUAUUGUCUCGGCGUUAGGCAUAUAACUUGGUCGCAAGGCAUAUGAACUAGCAGGUCAUAGAGCAAACAAUGCAAUUAUCACAACACCUAUGUUGUAAUUAUGGCAUUUUUUCAGCCUUGGCUUCCCCAGUGAUUUUACCCACAUACCGCUACUGACUAUUUCCGCAUAAAACAAUCAAAGCAUUGCAAUAUUAUCGCAUAAAAGUGGACUCAUCACCACAGUACAAAAAAAGUGGUCUCAAUUUCAACAAUUCACUGCACAUUUACUGCAUAACAUGGUUCAAUCAAGCCAAAGAUCAACAAACUUUUUCCCUCGUCAGCGCAUUUUUUAGACAAUUUUGACAAAAUCAUUGCAUAUUGCCAUGCAAAAUGUCAGAAUCGCUAGAGCAAAAUCAAGCAUUUUUGUCUGCAAAUAUCACAAAAAAUCUCUGAGAAAUCAUUGAGGGACCGAAAACAUUGAAGUGGCCCCCCUAUUGAUGGUGGAUAAUUUUUUUGUUUGUUUUAGAAUUAGAGGUGUAAAGAAAAUGUUGCAGUUUUUAAAGCAAGUUUGCUGCAAUUCUACACAUUUUGCCAUGUCUAAUGCCAUGUUAAUAUGAUAUCUGAGUGAGAGACUAACAAAGUCAAUGGGGGCCCUCUAGAGGUCAGAUAGCUGGCUAGACUAACUUACAAUCUAAAAAAUAUUAGCUGACAUGGGCUAAUUGAGUGACUAUCAGUGACUGACAUAACAAGAGAAAAACUGCUGAUGCACAACUCAAUUUCAAAAUGGCACCUUGUGUAUUCUACGAUUCUAACUCUCAACAGGAAGUUGAGACCCCAACUGAGUUCCUAAGCAAUCCCACUUAUGUCGCUUAUGCCCUGCUUAUUACCACCUCGCAGCUAAACCAUAACUUGAUUGCAUUCAUUGAAAGAAUACAAUAAUACGACUACAAAUUGUCCUCGGGGGUUUCACAUUCUGACAACAGAACGAUUAGCUUGCCGUGCCGAAGUCCAUACUUCUCACUUGAGGCCUUUCCGAGCUCUUAUCUCUGCUUUUGUUCUUGAUGUCAUCGCGCAAACCUCCCUAACGAGUUAGCUCACUGGGCACCGUUUGCAUCGCUACACCAGCAGGCCUUCUUUUCAUCAUGAAGAUAAGCUCACAGCGGCUGAUGGUCACUUUCAGCGACAGCCUGUUAUAGCACCAUGAUUCGGAUCUGUGUGUGAUAGGAUUGCAUUGUAAGAUGUUGUUUGGGUACAUUGUCAAAUUGACGGGUUGGCUCAAAGGAUUUAUAUUGGAUACGUUGUGUUUGGUGGCUGACAGGGAAUAGCAUGAUGUAGGGAGAGAAAGUGUGUGUGAGAGAGAGGGGAAGAGAUACAUAGAGGAAAGAAAGAGACAGAUGAAUAGAAAAUGAUGAGUGAGAGCGACAGAGAGAAAGAGAGAUGGAGACGGACACUGAUAAAUACAGCGAAUGUUGAUUAAGGGUCUAUCAGGUGUCUUACUGUUGGAGCUAUUGGGAGAGCACCAACUUCAGCUCUGUUCUAUUCUAUUUUGUCCCAGUUUAUUGACCAGCAGCCCCUGACUGACUCAGUGAGGAGAGCUGCACAGUCCCGCAGGGAUUUUAUGUCUGCUCCGACCAAGGCACACAAGAGCCAGUGACCUACCACAGUCACCCCCACGCGUGUAUGUAACAGAGAGAGAGAGAGAGCGAGAGUCUGUGUGUGUGUGUAGCAGCUACUCUUCCUUGGGUGCCUUGUGUGUGUGUGCUUGUGUGUGUUUGUGUGUAUGUGUGUGUUUUAUUGAGACUACUUAGUGGGAGGAAAGCUCUCUGUUCUACAGUUGGUUAUUUUAAGCCAUCUCUGCUGGGUUGUCAGGUGUCGGCUGAAAGGAGUAAACACACUGUGACAUGAGAUAGAUAAUACAUACAGGGUAGAGGUGAACUCCUCAGAGACAGCACACAGACACUGGAAUGUGUGUGUAGGUGCGCGUGUGUGUGCAUGUGUGUUUAUAUUAUACAGUAUAAACACCCAGUUCUGUGCACGUUCUUGACUGGAUUCAAGUGUGAUACUUGUGCGUGAAUCUGUAUUAACAGGACUGUACAUGUUCAGCACAUGUUCAUCGCUCUCCAUGUUUAUGUUUGCACCUACUGUACCUGGAUCACUAGCAGAGGUUGGUGCCUAAUGGUGGCAAUAGCAGGACCAUGAAAGGUAUUGUUAGCAAGUAUAGCAUAAAGACUACGUUUUUAAGUUCUCUAAAGGCACUUUACCUCUAAGUGAUCCAGGGGCGCUGCUCUGCUGCACACCUCUCCAAAGUGUGCACAGUUCCUAAAUAAUUUCAAUGUACUUUCAUGAUUCAAGGAAAGAGCCUUUAACUAUUAGGUGCUCUUUUAAGCUCUGUAAGCUGUGCCGUUGAAGAACUGAUGCAAGCACACUUAUAGUUUUUGGUUUGGAACACAGCCCUGCAUCGACACCAUCAAACACAAUGACUGUUGUUGUUUACGCGUUCCAUUACAAAUUGCAACCUGGGUCAGGUGAGCAUCAUUUGAAAGCUUAUUCUAUUACCAACAUGACUAGCUAAGUUAUAAAAUACGAUCUUACAGUGUUAGGCUUUCACAAAGCACAGAGAAACACAUUGUAAUUUUGGUGCGCAGAGAAUGGAGUCAUGAGUGCAUUUAGGUAUGCGUUCCAUGGCUACUUUUCUUCACAAUAUGGCGAACACAGGCUUAUUCUUUUCAGAACAACCGGGGGUAUGACACCAUGUCAUCUUCGUAACUCUACAUCACACUUAUCAAUUAUAAAUACUGAUACUGUACAUGAAAUAAGUUUUGACGUGUGUAAAUUUCAAGAGCACAUUUGGACUCAUGGGUGUGUGGUUUGCUUGUGUGACAUCAAAGCCUUAUUUAUUAUAAUCCUCAACGUUUCAUCUUUCAGAACACAUCAACUCCUCUCGAAUUUACUGCAUUCCCCUCACUUAACUCAGACAACACCAAAAUGUGCAAAAGUAACCCCAUUGGCGGGAAGGAUGGGGGCAUCUUCUUGUUGCAGGUCGUGCUCCCACUUACAACGUCUUUCAGUUGAAUCCCAUACAGCGCUGUAAAGCAGAGACCCUGAGCUCUGGCAUCAUGUAUAGUAUGUUACUGUACAGCAACUGUGUUCCUAUUUAUGCUCUUAUCAGUGACCAAAUCUGCCAUUUUGUAAAGGCCUACAGCAAGCACUUAUAGAACUUGUUUCAAACAAACCAAACUUAACAGAAGUGAAAUAGGGUUACUCUGGAUCAGAUGCAGGAUGCAGCACGGUUGUGUUGUCAGUACCAGAAUAAAGGGAUUCUUAUUUAAUAAGCGGAACACCUGUUUUCCUAAUAUGAAGCAUCAUUUAUUGCACUUACCUUUCGACAAACAACAUUUUAAAUGACGUUUUAGAGGGUUGCUUUUGAGAUCACUUAAUGUGCCAUCUUUUCAUUCUGGCCUCCUAUGGCACUGAUAAUGUCAUCCUUAUAGCAAGCUUCAUCCUUCAAUGAAAGACACCUACGGUAUUGAUGCCAGCCCUUGAUUAGCUGAAACCAACUUCAGCUGGGGCUGAAGAGGCAAGGUUCCAAAAGGGUUCUUCAGCUGUCCCCAUAGGAUAACGCUUUUUGGUUCCAGGUAGAACCCUUUUUGGUUCCAGGUAGAACUCUUUUGUGUUCCAUGUAGAACCCUCUGGGGAAAUGGUUCUACAUGGAACCCAAUAGGAUUCUACCUGGAACCAAAGGGUUCUACCUGGAACCAAAAAGGGUUCUUCAAAGGGUUCUCUUGUGGGGAUAGCCAAAGAACCCUUUUAGGUUCUAGAUAUAACCUUUUUUUCUAAGAGUGUAGGUUGUGUGUGCUCAUGGGACGUGUAGUCUUUGUGGGCAGGACAAUGACUGACAUCUUCACGAGAUAUACCACAAAAUGCCACUCAAUAGUAACCUCAUUCUGACUUAAUCCCUUCUCCUCUCCAUAGACAGGACCAAUCUGUUGGCCAUUUUAAAAAAACAGAUGCUCAGCCCGCUGCCUAAAUUACCUGUCUGCUCUACUCUCUCCUCCAUGUCCAUUAUCACCAUCCCUCCUUCCUUUCACCCCUUCCUCUUCAUCCUCUCCUCACCACCACCACCGCUUGACGCUUAUUAUCUCACCUAAAGGUCAGCCUCCCUUUGACAGGUGCCUUAAUUCCAUCUCAAAUAUUUAGCCACCACGUCUAGCUAGAAUUUAAUCUUGCUCUCUUUGUAUUGCUGCUGUUCUGAAGAUGGACCAGCCAUCAGAAAGCAGUAAUAAAGCCUUUAGGCCUGAGAGGAAGUGAGAUAUAGAGAGGAGAAAGCAGACAGAACUACAGAGGCCCAGAGGGUCCCUCCACAUGAAGAGUAGCUUUAUAUAUAUAAUCAUUUGUUUUAUCGUCACAUAUACCAGAUAGGUGCAGUGAAAUGUGUUGUUUUACAGGGUCAGCCAUAGUAGUAAGUUAAGUGCCUUGCUCAAGGACACAUUAACAGAUUUUCCACCUUGACGGCUCAGGUACUCGAACCAGCGACCUUUCGGUUACUGGCCCAAUGCUCUAACCGCUAGGCUACCUGCUGCCCUAUAAACUGGUCUCUCAGUCCUGACCAAACCAUCCCUCAGUAUAUUUAUAGUGUAAAGUGGGGAUCUGGGAGUGUUUGCCCUGGAUUUGCGUCAUGAGAGGCCGUGCGGUUAGCUAAUCGCUCCUCUGUGGCUAGCGGGUGUAAACGACCAGAGGAGAGAUGGAGAGAUGGAGAUGGAUGUGGUGUAGCGAGCCCCGCUUAUCACAUUAGUUGAUGGGCCUGAUUGAAUUUGAACUUGGUGAUAUAAAAUGUGUUUUUGUGUGUGUUGGGAAUGGUUACAAAGUGUUCAACACCAUUUUGUCUUAUUUUUUAAUACAGUCAUAUUCACCACCCCUGUAGAUAAAGCAAACUAUAACCAUAAUCAUUUUCAUUCCUUUUAAUCAGACAUUUAUGCAGUAAUGCUGAAACCCCUCCACAAGAUCAUCCUACCAAGUGCUGAUCGCCUGAAGAGCUCAAGUUACCAUAAUAAGCAAGCAAUGAGGACAAAGAUGAUGAAAGUUUUUUUUUGUCAGGAAUGUUACUUUUUCCCAGGAGUAUACAAUAGUUUCAAUUACUUGAAAUGAUGUGUCAGAGUAAUGGCCUAUGUGAGGAAUUUGGCAGUGUCAGAAUUUGGCUUAGUUCUACUGAACUAGGUUGUCCUGCUGGGUUGUCUUCAUGUGUCGGCUGAUAGGAGAAAACGCACUGUGACAUGAGAUAAUACCUAGAGGGUAGAGGUGAACUCCUGAGAGACAGCACACAGACACUGGAAUGUGUGUUCAUGCUCAUGCUGAAAUGCAUAUGUGUGUGCGUGAAAAGAGAAAUGCAUGUAAGUGCGUAGUGUGUGUGUGUGUGUGUGUGAGUGUGUGUGCGUGAUCAGGAUACAGUAAGUGCACUUACACUACCGUUCAAAAGUUUUGGGUCACUUAGAAAUUUCCUUGUUUUCGAAGGAAAAGCACCAAAAAAACAUCAAAUUGAUCAGAAAUACAGUGUAGACAUUGUUAAUGUUGUAAAUGGCUAUUGUAGUUGGAAACGUACAUAGGCGUACAGAGGCCCAUUAUCAGCAACCAUCAGUCCUGUGUUCCAAUGGCAUGUUGUGUUUGCUAAUCCAAGUUUAUCAUUUUAAAAGGCUGAUUAAUCAUUAGAAAACCCUUUUGCAAUUAUGUUAGCACAGCUGAAAACUGUUGUGCUGAUUAAAGAUGCAAUAAAACGGGGCUUCUUGAGACUAGUUGAGUAUCGGGAGCAUCAGCAAUUGUGGGUUCGAUUACAGGCUCAAAUUGUCCAGAAACAAAUAACUUUCUUCUGAAACUCGGCAGUCUAUUUUUGUUCUGAGAAAUGAAGGCUAUUCCAUGCGAGAAAUUGCCAUAUCUCACUCAGACUGCCCAUCUUAAUAUUUUAUUUUUUAUUGGCCAGUCUGAGAUUUUGCUUUUUCUUUGCAACUCUGCCUAGAAGGUCAGCAUCCCGGAGUCGCCUCUUCACUGUUGACGUUGAGACUGGUGUUUUGCGGGUACUAUUUAAUGAAGCUGCCAGUUGAGGACCUGUGAGGAGUCUGUUUCUCAAACUAGACACUCUACUGUAUUUGUCCUCUUGCUCAGUUGUGCACCGGGGCCUCCCACUCCUCUUUCUAUUCUGGUUAGAGCCAGUUUGCACUGUUCAGUGAAAGGAGUAGUACACAGCGUUGUAUGAGAUCUUCAGUUUCUUGGCAAUUUCUCGCAUGGAUUAGCCUUCAUAAAAACAUUUUAACCCUGCCACAAAAGGACCAGCUGCCAUCAUGUCAGUGAUUCUCUCGUUAACACAGGUGAGUGUUGACGAGGACAAGGCUGGAGAUCACUCUGUCAUGCUGAUUGAGUUAGAAUAACAGACUGGAAGCUUUAAAAGGAGGGUGGUGCUUGAAAUCAUUGUUCUUCCUCUGUUAACCAUGGUUACCUGCAAGGAAACACGUGCCGUCAUCAUUGCUUUGCACAAAAAGGACUUCACAUGCAAGGAUAUUGAUGCUAGUAAGAUUGCACCUAAAUCAACCAUUUUUCGGAUCAUCAAGAACUUCAAGGAGAGAGGUUCAAUUGAUGUGAAGAAGGCGUCAGGGCGCCCAAGAAAGUCCAGCAAGCGCCAGGACCGUCUCCUAAAGUUGAUUCAUCUGCGGGAUCGGGGCACCAACAGUGCAGAGCUUGCUCAGGAAUGGCAGCAGGCAGGUGUGAGUGCAUCUGCACGCACAGUGAGGCGAAGACUUUUGGAGGAUGGCCUGGUGUCAAGAAAAUGUUUUAGUCAUUUAGCAGACGCUCUUAUCCAGAACGACAUACAGGAGCAAUUAGGGUUAAGUGCCUUGCUCAAGGGCACAUCGACAGAUUUUUCACCUAGUCGGCUCGGGGAUUAGAACCAGCGACCUUUCGGUUACUGGCACAACGCUCUUACCCACUAAGCUACCUGCCGCAAAGAAGCCACUUUUCUCCAGGAAAAACAUCAGGGACAGACUGAUAUUCUGCAAAAGGUACAGGGAUUGGACUGCUGAGGACUGAGGUAAAGUAAUAUUAUCUGAUGAAUCCCCUUUCCGAUUGUUUGGGGAAUCUGGAAAACACCUUGUCCGGAGAAGACAAGGUGAGCGCCACCAUCAGUCCUGUGUCAUGCCAACAGUAAAGCAUCCUGAGACCAUUCAUGUGUGGGGUUGCUUCUCAGCCAAGGGAGUGGGCUCACUCACAAUUUUGCCUAAGAACACAGCCAUGAAUAAAGAAUGGUACCAACACAUCCUCAGAGAGCAACUUCUCCCAACCAUCCAAGAACAGUUUGGUGACGACCAAUGCCUUUUCCAUCAUGAUGGAGCACCUUGCCAUAAGGCAAAAGUGAUAACUAAGUGGCUUGGGGAACAAAACAUCUACAUUUUGGGUCAAUGCCCAGGAAACUCCCCAGACCUUAAUCCCAUUGAGAACUUGUGGUCGAUCCUCAAGAGGCGGGUGGACAAACAAAAACCCACAAAUUCUGACAAACUCCAAGCAUUGAUUAUGCAAAAAUGGGCUGCCAUCAGUCAGGAUGUGGCCCAGAAGUUAAUUGACAGCAUGCCAGGGCGGAUUGCAGAGGUCUUGAAAAAGAAGGGUCAACACUGCAAAUAUUGACUCUUUGCAUAAACGUAAUGUAAUUGUCAAUAAAAGCCUUUGACACUUAUGGAAUGCUUGUAAUUAUACUUCAGUAUACCAUAGUAACAUCUGACAAAAAUAUCUCAUACCACUGAAGCAGCGAACUUUGUGAAGACCAAUACUUGUGUCAUUCUCAAAACUUUUGACCACGACUGUAUAUACGAUGAUGGCCCCACUGGAGUGAGUCAGUCAGUGUAGUGAGUUUGUAAUAUAUCCAAGGAUUGCAUCACCACCUUUCUUGUCCUCCUCUCUUCUUCUUUUCCCACUCUAUCCAUCCCGCCAUCCAGUCCUGCAUGUGCGUUAAAACACACGUGUGGGUUCUGUCAGGACACACGGCGCUGCAGGACCAGAAUAAAAGGGAGGGAAUCUAAUAAAGGGGAAACAGAGUGUCCUGUUUAUCUCUCCCAUCUGGGCCCCGUCUCCCUCUGCCUCCGUCAUUUUUACAUUUACAUUUACGUCAUUUAGCAGAUGCUCUUAUCCAGAGCGACUUACAAAUUGGUGCACCCUCCCCUCUUAAAUCAGUUUUACCCUCACACUUUGUCACUAUCUUGUUGCAUCUAAUCCUACCCAGUGUACUGGUGGCAAUGAAGUUAUUAUGAGAUGUUUUGUAACGUCACGUUCAGGUCGUUUUCUAGCUAUGAAAGAACGUUUUCUAGACAUAUUGUUAGCGAUCAGAAAAAUACAUCUUUCACUGGUUGUAAUCUGGUAAUCUGACCAGAUCAAAUAUGAUGUCAAUCAAAUAAUGUAUUUUCCUGAAAUCUGGAUGACUUCAUGAAAAUAUAAGUCUCUACAUGGUUCACACAAUAAUCUGAAAUCUCUACAACCACAAAUCUUGCUUACAACCAGAUAAUGACGUCAUUAUGCAAAAUGUUGCCCUUUAUUUUUCUCCUUCUCAAAACUGCUAUGUCCAUUUAAGUUGGUCUCCUUCUGUCCAUGCUCUUGUUGUUUAUUUCAUUCUCUUUACCUGUCUAACUUCUUUAUCAUGUUCAUCUUGUACUCUUGUUACUAUCUUGCUACUUUACUUUUACGGUCCGUCUGGCUACUUUGUCUUGUUUAUCUUCUCUUUUCAUUACCCCAUCUGUUUCUCCUUCCUUCUCUCCCUUGGUCUGUUCCUCUAAGCCAGGAUUCCCCAACUGGCGGCCCGCCGGCCGAAUUUGGCCCACAGGUGUUUUUAUUUGGCCCCCCAAGUGUGAUGAGAAAAAAACUAAAAAACAUUUGUAUAUUUUCUUAAAUUGUAUUUGUUUUAAUUGUUGGACAUAAAAGACUGUAAAAACACCAAGAAAUCAGCUCCAAUCAGUUCCAAAGUAUUCCCACGCAUAAUAGAGAGAUAUACACGGAGUAUACAAAACAUUAAGAACACCUGCUCUUUCCAUGAUAUAGACUGACCUGGUUAAUCCAGGUGAAAGCUAUGAUCCCUUUUUGAUAUCACUUAUUAAAUCCACUUCAAUCAGUGUAGAUGAAGGGGAGGAGACAGGUUAAAGAACGAUUUUUAUGCCUUGAGACAAUUGAGACUGUGUAUGUGUGCCAUUCAGAGGGUGAAGGGGCAAGACAAUAUAUUUAAGUGCCUUUGAAUGGGUUAUGGUAGUAGGUGCCAGGCACCCCGGUUUGUGUCAAGAACUGCAACGCUGCUGGGUUUUUCAUCCUCAACAGUGUGUAUCAAGAAUGGUCAACCACCCAAGGACAUCAAGCCAAUUUGACACAACUGUGGAAAGCAUUGGAGUCAACAUGGGCCAGCACCCUAUGGAAUGCUUUCGACACCUUGUAGAGUCCAUGCCCCGACGAAAUGAGGCUGUUCUGAGGGCAAAAGGGGGUGUGUAACUCAAUAUUAGGAAGGUGUUCCCAAUGUUUGGUAUGCUCAGUGUAUGUGACAAAUGUAAGCAAGGUUUGAAAUUAUUAUGUUUUAGUCAAAUAUAAUAUCUUCUUGCGCUGAAUUUGCAGUCUACAAAUUAUUUGUAAUUAUGUUCCGGCCACCUAACCAUCCGCUAAAGAAAAAAUUGUCUCUUUCCCUUUCUUGAUGCUCCCUGCCUUCUGAGGUCUCUGUUGCUUUUUUUGCUAUCCAUUCCUCUCCAUACUCUAUUUCUCCUUCUCUCUUCUCCUUUUCCUUUAUUAUUUUACAUAGUGGGCUCACUCUCUCUGACCUGCCACCCCCAACCGAAGACUGCCAGCAACUCGUCCUCAAUGUAUCCUCAACUUUCUCUAACUUUGCUAUUAUAUCCUUAACAUGUAUUGUAGACUUUCAUUGCUUCAAACACCCCAGUCUCUUUUUUAUCUCUCCCCCCUCCUUUCUCCCCCUCUUCUUUCUUCCCUCAUUAUUGGCUCUAGCUGGCAGAGUGUUUUAUAUAAAAGGCAGCCUGGACAAAGAGCAGACACAUAAUCACGCCACCAGAGCCGUGUCAGCUGCCCCUGACUGGCACAAAAUGGACGCUGGUCGCCCAGUCACCCUUAUCAGUGGGAAGGAAAACAAAGGCAGCCGGUCGCCUGAUGUCAGUCUAAGCCUUUUGCUUAUUCUUGUACUGUAGUUCUGACGGACAAUGUACGGUGUUUGACUGUCAUAGCCACAUGCAGUGUUGGUAUAGUGCCCUUUUUAUCCCGGUGUGGCCUGUAUGACACACUGUAUAUAUCGUUGUUUUGUGUUCUUAACAUAACAUAUUCCUUACCUAAUUUGCAUCAAACGUAUACUUAUUGGUUUGCUUUAGCUGUCAUGGAUGUUUUAUAUGCUAGUCAAUUGUGUAAAUAAAUUGACAGAAUAUGCUUUAUUUACAUGCAGCCGGUCACUCAGUGAACUCAUAUGCGUCCUAACUCAUAUACUGAAUGGCUAGAUCAUUUGGUAAUUGAUUGGUUGACCUUAUGGGCUUUAGGUAGCCUCGAGGUUAGCACGUUAGGCCGGUAACCGAAAGGUUGCUGGAUCGAAUACCAGAGCCAACAAGGUAAAACAAUUAAUAAUCCUAUCGAUAUGCCCUUGAGCAAAGCACUUAAGCCUAAUUGCUCCAGGGGCACUGUACAAUCGUGACCCAACUCCCUACGAGUGUCUCGGGGGGGGGGGUUGGGAUAUGCACAAACAAAUCAUUUCCAUUACACACUUGUGUGUAACAGGACAAAUAUAAGCACCCCCCAAAUUAUAUACACAUAUGAAGGUAAUUGAUAGUGGAGGUCAGAGGUCAACCUCAGAACAGUAAUAAACAACAAUGGGUCACAUUUCUCUAAGUGGUCUGAGCCUGACGUCUAUCCUCUUCAGCAAUGACCAAACAGGUCAGUGGAUCAUGGCUGUGAGCUUCUGUUCGGAAUGGAGUGACAGUCCAAUGUGACUGUUUCUGCACCUUAUACUACUUAACCAAUUUACUCAGACUAAUGUCCGUUUUACUGUACCUCCAAAACACAUUUUUGGACUGUUAAGUUCUAAAAGGCUCUAAACUGUGUUUUGGAAUGAGGGCUUCUGUGUGUACGUAAAAUGGUUUACAGGGACACAUUGGUAGAGUUGUGCUUCAGAAAAGGAAACAUUCUGUUGCAGUUCAUUGCAGCACAGCUUAGAAUGUGAUCAUUCAGCUGACUUCAGUGUUUGUUUUGGAUCCAGUGUGGUUAAUUUAUAUUGAGAACAAAUGUCAAAAGUUUGCUAACUAAACAAAGUGAAGCAAACUACACAAGGUCCUAAGAACCUGACAACAGUUCAGCCCCUGCAUUGAUUAGAUAAAUCGCCCUUGGCACUUGUAUUUUAUUUAUUUAUUAAGUCUUCAAAACUGGUUACAAGUGGUUAUUCAAUCUAUUCAGCUCUGGGGGAUGUAAAGCUAAACCCUAAACAGCCAUAAUGUUGCCAGAGGCUGCCUGUCGGUAAUGUGAGCUCAGUGGUGUGCUUCUAACUACUGAAUCAUCGUGGCCUCCUGUUACACUGAGGUCAGCCUGUUCCCCUGUGUGCCUCUAUCCCCACUGUGCUGACCUGUGUAUCUGUGUGUGUGUGUGUGUGUGUGUGUGUGUGUGUGCCUCUAUCCCCACUGUGCUGACCUGUGUGUGUGUGUGUGUGUGUGUGUGUGGGUGGGUGUGUGUGUGUGUGUGUAUGUGUGUCUCCAUCCCCACUGUGCUGACCUAUGUGCUACUGAGCCUUUUCACCCACUUGGACUGCCUGGAGGAGGGAGUUUGUCAUGAAGGCCUAAGUGAAGUCUUCUUCGCAUAGGGGUUCAUUGCAGGUACAGUGGCUUGCGAAAGUAUUCACCCCCCUUGGCAUUAUUCCUCUUUUGUUGCCUUACAACCUGGAAUUAAAAUGGAUUUUUUGGGGGUUUGUAUCAUUUGAUUUACACAACAUGCCUACCACUUUGAAGAUGCAAAAUAUUUUUUAUUGUGAAACAAACAAGAAAUAAGACAGAAAAACAGAAAACUUGAGUGUGCAUAACUAUUCACCCCCCCCAAAGUCAAUACUUUGUAGAGCCACCUUUUGUAGCAAUUACAGCUGCAAGUCCCUUGGGGUAUGUCUCUAUAAGCUUGGCACACCUAGCCACUGGGAUUUCUGCCAAACUGCUCCAGCUCCUUCAAGUUGGAUGGGUUCCGCUGGUGUACAGCAAUCUUUAAGACAUACCACAGAUUCGCAAUUGGAUUGAGGUCUGGGCUUUGACUAGGCCAUUCCAAUAUGUUUAAAUGUUUCCCCAUAAACCACUCAAGUGUUGCUUUAGCAGUAUGCUUAGGGUCAUUGUCCUGCUGGAAGGUGAACCUCCAUCCCAGCCUCAAAUCUUUGGAAGACUGAAACAAGUUUCUCUCAAGAAUUUCCCUGUAUUUAGCGCCAUCCAUCAUUCCUUCAAUUCUGACCAGUUUCCCAGUCCCUGCCGAUGAAAAACAUCCCCACAGCAUGAUGCUGCCACCACCAUGCUGCACUGUGGGGAUGGUGUUCUCGUGGUGAUGAGAGGUGUUGGGUUUGCGCCAGACAUAGCGUUUUCCAUGAUGGCCAAAAAGCUCAAUUUUAGUGGUGUUGUAGACUGAGAUACUGAGAUCAUGUGACAGAUCAUGUGACACUUAGAUUGCACACAGGUGGACUUUAUUUAACUAAUUAUGUGACUUCUGAAGGUAAUUGGUUGCACCAGAUCUUAUUUAGGGGCUUCAUAGCAAAGGGGGUGAAUACAUAUGCACGCACCACUUUUCCAUUAUUUUUAUUUUUUAUUUUUCUGAAACAAGUUAUUCUUUUAAUUUCACUUCACCAAUUUGGACUAUUUUGUGUAUGUCCAUUACAUGAAAUCCAAAUAAAAAUCCAUUUAAAUUACAUGUUGUAAUGCAACAAAAUAGGAAAAACGCCAAGGGGGAUGAAUACUUUUGCAAGGCACUGUAGCUCUUUGAUGACUGUUGGUCUUCUCUCUUUCAGUCCCCCUUCUCCCUCUCUCUUUCUCUCAUGCUCUCUCUUUCUUUCUCUUUGUCUCUUUCCAUCUUUUUCUUUCUCUCUCAUAAAAGUUGUUUGAUUGGCAUGACCAAUUACAAUGCAGUGUUGCCUCCCCAUAUCCCACCAAGUAUCCUUUUAGCCUUGGAGGUCACACACACACACACACACACACACACACACACACACACACACACACACACGUUAUUGACUUUGCCCUUUCCAAAGAGGGCCGUCCUCCCAAAUCCAUUAAUUUGAGUCCCUCGGACCACUCUGAAUACCCUCCCCCCUCUUUAUCUCCACCUCCCCAUCUCUCCUCUCACUGAUUAGAUUAGCCGCCACCCGCAGCUGGGCCCAGCCUGUCAAUUCCCUUGAUGGACACACUUCCUGUGUCCAUCCAAAUGGCGCCUAUCCCCUAUACAGUGCACUACUUUUGACCAGAGCCCUAUGUGCCAUUUGGGAAGCACCCGUAUGUUUUGAAUAGGAGAAAGGAGAGUCCCUCUUUUCUGUGGUAGAUUGGCUGGAACUGCUGUUUUGAUUUCGCACAAUGAUGAUUGUACAAAUGUUUUAUAUAUGGUAAUAUACUUAAUUGUUUUAUUACGGUAUAGGACAGCUGGUAUGAGUUGUAUUUUGAAUGGGAGAAAGUCCCUUGUGUCAGUGGCUGGUGGCACUGUACUUUUCCACUGCUUCUGGAUCUAUGUUUCUAUCUGAGUUGGCCUAAUGUUUUAUUAUAUUUUUUAGUAAUUUUUACCCUCCCUUUUUCGUGAUUACGAUCUUGUCUCAUCACUGCAACGGGCUCGGGAGAGGCUCGCUUAACCUGGAAGCCAGCUGCACCAAUGUGUCAGAGGAAACACCGUUCAACUGACGACCGAAGUCAGCCUGCAGGCGCCCGGCCCGCCACAAGGGGUCACUAGAGCGCGAUGAGCCAAGAAAAGCCCCCCAGCCAAACCCUCCCCUAACCCGGACGACGCUGGACCAAUUGUGCUCCGCCCUAUGGGACUCCCGGUCACGGCCGGGACUCCCGGACACAGCCUGGGAUCGAACACCAGGCUCUAGUGACGCCAAAACACUGCGAUGCAGUGCCUUAGACUGCUGCGCCACUCAGGAGGCCUGGCCUAAUAUUUUCAUUAGGACAACUGGCUAAUGUCACAAACCUGUGGUCUUUAUAUUUGUACAGGACACAAACAUAAAUGUUUUGAUUAUCAGAUUGCCUUUUCUUGUUACAAGCACCAAAGAAGCAUUGGCAUGAUUGGGACUGGAGUAGCAGUAGCAAGCCAACAGUGUGAUAAUCUCUCUUGCUACCAAUCAUUGCCAGUCUGCCUUCCCUCCUUUUCCUGACGUGUGACAUCAACCAGUGCAGAUUUUCAUUAGGGCUCUAAUCAGCAGUAAUCAGCAGUAAGUAUAGUCUAUUCAGCGCUGGGUGCAUAAUUGACAAAGCAAUUCUAUACUGAACAAAAAUAUAAACGCAACAUGUAAAGUGUUGGGCUCAUGUUUCAUGAGCUGAAAUAAAAGAUCCCAAAAACAUUCCUGUACGGACAAAAAGCUUAUUUUUCUCAAAUUGUGUGCACAAAUUUGUUUAUAUCCCUGUUAGUGAGCCUUUCUCCUUUGCCAAGAUAAUCCAUCCACCUGACAGGUGUGGCAUAUCAAGAAGCUGAUUAAACAGCAUGAUAAUUUUUGAGGGAGCGUGCAAUUGGCAUGCUGACUGCAGGAAUGUCCAACAGAGCUUUUGCCAGAGAAUUGAAUGUUCAUUUCUCUACCAUAAGCCGCCUCCAACGUCAUCUUAGAGAAUUUGGCAGUACGUCCAACCGGCCUCUCAACCACAGACCAUGUGUAUGGUGUUGUGUGGGCGAGCGGUUUGCUGAUGUCAACGUUGUGAACAGAGCACCCCAUGGUGGCGGUAGGGUUAUGGUAUGGGCAGGCAAAAGCUACGGACAACAAACACAAUUGUGUUUUUAUCGAUAGCAAUUUGAAUGCACAGAGAUACUGUGACGAAAUCCUGAGGCCCAUUGUCGUGCCAUUCAUCUGCCGCCAUCACCCCAGCAUGAUAAUUCAUGGCCCCAUGUCGCAAGGAUCUGUACACAAUUCCUGGAAGCUGAAAAUGUCCAAGUUCGUCCAUGGCCUGCUUACUCACCAGACAUGUCACCCAUUGAGCAUGUUUGGGAUGCUCUGGAUCGACGAGUACGAAAGCAUGUACCAGUUCCCGCCAAUAUCCAGCAACUUCGCACAGCCUGCUCAACGCUAUGCGAAGGAGAUAUGUCGCACUGCAUGAGGCAAAUGGUGGUCACACCAGAUACUGACUGGCCUCUCGAGUGGUGCAGCGGUCUAAGGCACUGCAUCGCAGUGCUUGAGGCGUCAUUACAGACCUGGGUUCAAUCCCAGGCUGUGUCACAACCAGCCGUGACCGGGAGACCCAUAGGACGUUGCACAAUUUGCCCAGCGUCGUCCGGGUUAGGGGAGGGUUUGGCCGGGUGGGCUUUACUUGGCUCAUCAGGCUCUAGCGACUCCUUGUGGGGGGCCGGACACCUGCAGGCUGACUCCAGUUGUCAGUUGAACAGUGUUUCCUCUGACACAUUGGUGCUUCCGGGUUAAGCGGGCUGGUGUUAAGAAGAGCGGUUUGGCGGGUCAUGUUUCAGAGGAUGCAUGACUCGACCUUUGCCUCUCCAGAGUCCGUUGGGGAGUUGCAGCGAUGAGACAAGAUUGAAAAAGAGGGAAAAAAUAUAUAUAUACAGUGAGGGAAAAAAGUAUUUGAUCCCCUGCUGAUUUUGUACGUUUGCCCACUGACAAAGAAAUUAUCAGUCUAUAAUUUUAAUGGUAGGUUUAUUUGAACAGUGAGAGACAGAAUAACAAAACAAAAAUCCAGAAAAACGCAUGUCAAAAAUGUUAUAAAUUGAUUUGCAUUUUAAUGAGGGAAAUAAGUAUUUGACCCCCUCUCAAUCAGAAAGAUUUCUGGCUCCCAGGUGUCUUUUAUACAGGUAACGAGCUGAGAUUAGGAGCACACUCUUAAAGGGAGUGCUCCUAAUCUCAGCUUGUUACCUGUAUAAAAGACACCUGUCCACAGAAGCAAUCAAUCAAUCAGAUUCCAAACUCUCCACCAUGGCCAAGACCAAAGAGCUCUCCAAGGAUGUCAGGGACAAGAUUGUAGACCUACACAAGGCUGGAAUGGGCUACAAGACCAUCGCCAAGCAGCUUGGUGAGAAGGUGACAACAGUUGGUGCGAUUAUUCGCAAAUGAAAGAAACACAAAAUAACUGUAAAUCUCCCUCGGCCUGGGGCUCCAUGCAAGAUCUCACCUCGUGGAGUUGCAAUGAUCAUCAGAACGGUGAGGAAUCAGCCCAGAACUACACGGGAGGAUAUUGUCAAUGAUCUCAAGGCAGCUGGGACCAUAGUCACCAAGAAAACAAUUGGUAACACACUACGCCGUGAAGGACUGAAAUCCUGCAGCGCCCGCAAGGUCCCCCUGCUCAAGAAAGCACAUAUACAUGCCCGUCUGAAGUUUGCCAAUGAACAUCUGAAUGAUUCAGAGAACUGGGUGAAAGUGUUGUGGUCAAAUGAGACCAAAAUUGAGCUCUUUGGCAUCAACUCAACUCGCCGUGUUUGGAGGAGGAGGAAUGCUGCCUAUGACCCCAAGAAAACCAUCCCCACCUUCAAACAUGGAGGUGGAAACAAUAUGCUUUGGGGUGGUUUCUGCUAAGGGGACAGGACAACUUCACCGCAUCAAAGGGACAAUGGACGGGGCCAUGUACCGUCAAAUCUUGGGUGAGAACCUCCACCAGCCAGGGAAUUGAAAAUGGGUCGUGGAUGGGUAUUCCAGCAUGACAAUGACCCAAAACGCACGGCCAAGGCAACAAAGGAGUGGCUCAAGAAGAAGCACAUUAAGGUCCUGGAGUGGCCUAGCCAGUCUCCAGACCUUAAUCCCAUAGAAAAUCUGUGGAGGGAGCUGAAGGUUCGAAUGGCUAAACGUCAGCCUCAAAACCUUAAUGACUUGGAGAAGAUCUGCAAAGAGGAGUGGGACAAAAUCCCUCCUGAGAUGUGUGCAAACCUGGUGGCCAACUACAAGAAACGUCUGACCUCUGUGAUUGCCAACAAGGGUUUUGCCACCAAGUACUAAGUCAUGUUUUGCAGGGGGGUCAAAUACUUAUUUCCCUCAUUAAAAUGCAAAUCAAUUUAUAACAUUUUUGACAUGCGUUUUUCUGGAUCUUUUUGUUGUUAUUCUGUCUCUCACUGUUCAAAUAAACCUACCAUUAAAAUUAUAGACUGAUCAUUUCUUUGUCAGUGGGCAAACGUACAAAAUCAGCAGGGGAUCAAAUACUUUUUUCCCUCACUGUAUCCAUAGAUUAGGGCCUAAUGAAUUUAUUUCAUUUUACUAAUUUCCUUAUAUGAACUGUAACUCAGUCAAAUCUUUGCAAUUGUUGCAUGUUCCGUUUAGAUUUUUCUUCAGUUUAAUAUAGAUAGAAACAGACAGCCUGAAAAACACACACACACACACACACACACACACACACACACACACACACACACACACACACACACACACUGGCUAGCUUGGAAGUUUAAUGAAUAAACAAAUCUUUCAUUUUUAUUUUUUUUCACCUUUAUCUAACCAGGUAAGCCAGUUGAGAACAAGUUCUCAUUUACAACUGCGACCUGGCCAAGAUAAAGCAAAGCAGUGCAAUAAAAACAACAACACAGAGUUACAUAUGGGGUAAAACAAAACAUAAAGUCAAAAAUACAACAGAAAAUAUAUAUACAGUGUGUGCAAAUGUAGCAAGUUAUGGAGGUAAGGCAAUAAAUAGGCUAUAGUGCAAAAUAAUUACAAUUAGUAUUAACACUGGAAUGAUAGACGUGCAAGAGAUGAUGUGCAAAUAGAGAUACUGGGGUGCAAAUGAGCAAAAUAAAUAACAAUAUGGGGAUGAGGUAGUAGGGUGGGCUAAUUUCAGAUGAGCUGUGUACAGGUGCAGUGAUCAGUAAGGUGCUCUGACAACUGAUGCUUAAAGUUAGUGAGGGAGAUAAGAGUCUCCAGCUUCAGAGAUUUUUGCAAUUCGUUCCAGUCAUUGGCAGCAGAGAACUGGAAGGAAUGGCGGCCAAAGGAGGUGUUGGCUUUGGGGAUGACCAGUGAGAUAUACCUGCUGGAGCGCAUACGACGGGUGGGUGUUGCUAUGGUGACCAAUGAGCUAAGAUAAGGCUGGGAUUUGCCUAGCAGUGAUUUAUAGAUGGCCUGGAGCCAGUGGGUUUGGCGACGAAUAUGUAGUGAGGACCAGUCAACAAGAGCGUAUAGGUCACAGUGGUGGGUAGUAUAUGGGGCUUUGGUGACAAAACGGAUGGCACUGUGAUAGACUACAUCCAAUUUGCUGAGUAGAGUGUUGGAGGCUAUUUUGUAAAUGACAUCGCCGAAGUCAAGGAUCGGUAGGAUAGUCAGUUUUACGAGGGCAUGUUUGGCAGCAUGAGUGAAGGAGGCUUUGUUGCGAAAUAGGAAGCCGAUUCUAGAUUUAACUUUGGAUUGGAGAUUCUUAAUCUGAGUCUGGAAGGAGAGUUUACAGUCUAACUAGACACCUACAGUGGGGAAAUAAAGUAUUUAGUCAGCCACCAAUUGUGCAAGUUCUCCCACUUAAAAAGAUGAGAGAGGCCUGUAAUUUUCAUCAUAGGUACACGUCAACUAUGACAGACAAAUUGAGAUUUUUUUUCUCCAGAAAAUCACAUUGUAGGAUUUUUUAUGAAUUUAUUUGCAAAUUAUGGUGGAAAAUAAGUAUUUGGUCACCUACAAACAAGCAAGAUUUCUGGCUCUCACAGACCUGUAACUUCUUCUUUAAAAGGCUCCUCUGUCCUCCACUCGUUACCUGUAUUAAUGGCACAUGUUUGAACUUGUUAUCAGUAUAAAAGACACCUGUCCACAACCUCAAACAGUCAUACUCCAAACUCCACUAUGGCCAAGUCCAAAGAGCUGUCAAAGGACACCAGAAACAAAAUUGUAGACCUGCACCAGGCUGGGAAGACUGAAUCUGCAAUAGGUAAGCAGCUUGGUUUUAAGAAAUCAACUGUGGGAGCAAUUAUUAGGAAAUGGAAGACAUACAAGACCACUGAUAAUCUCCCUCGAUCUGGGGCACCACGCAAGAUCUCACCCCGUGGGGUCAAAAUGAUCACAAGAACGGUGAGCAAAAAUCCCAGAACCACACAGGGGGACCUAGUGAAUGACCUGCAGAGAGCUGGGACCAAAGUAACAAAGCCUAUCAUCAGUAACACACUACGCCGCCAGGGACUCAAAUCCUGCAGUGCCAGACGUGUCCCCCUGCUUAAGCCAGUACAUGUCCAGGCCCGUCUGAAGUUUGCUAGAGUGCAUUUGGAUGAUCCAGAAGAUGAUUGGGAGAAUGUCAUAUGGUCAGAUGAAACCAAAAUAUAACUUUUUGGUAAAAACUCAACUCGUCGUGUUUGGAGGACAAAGAAUGCUGAGUUGCAUCCAAAGAACACCAUACCUACUGUGAAGCAUGGGGGUGGAAACAUCAUGCUUUGGGGCUGUUUUUCUGCAAAGGGACCAGGACGACUGAUCCGUGUAAAGGAAAGAAUGAAUGCGGCCAUGUAUCGUGAGAUUUUGAGUGAAAACCUCCUUCCAUCAGCAAGGGCAUUGAAGAUGAAACGUGGCUGGGUCUUUCAGCAUGACAAUGAUCCCAAACACACCGCCCGGGCAACGAAGGAGUGGCUUCGUAAGAAGCAUUUCAAGGUCCUGGAGUGGCCUAGCCAGUCUCCAGAUCUCAACCCCAUAGAAAAUCUUUGGAGGGAGUUGAAAGUCUGUGUUGCCCAGCGACAGCCCCAAAACAUCACUGCUCUAGAGGAGAUCUGCAUGGAGGAAUGGGCCAAAAUAACAGCAACAGUGUGUGAAAACCUUGUGAAGACUUACAGAAAACGUUUGACCUGUGUCAUUGCCAACAAAGGGUAUAUAACAAAGUAUUGAGAAACUUUUGUUAUUGACCAAAUACUUAUUUUCCACCAUAAUUUGCAAAUAAAUUCAUUAAAAAUCCUACAAUGUGAUUUUCUGGAUUUGUUUUCUCAUUUUGUCUGUCAUAGUUGAUGUGUACCUAUGAUGAAAAUUACAGGCCUCUCUCAUCUUUUUAAGUGGGAGAACUUGCACAAUUGGUGGCUGACUAAAUACUUUUUUUCCCCACUAUAGGUAUUUGUAGUUGUCCACAUACUCUAGGUCAGACCCGUCGAGAGUAGUGAUUCUAGUCGGGUGGGCGGGUGCCAGCAGCGUUCGAUUGAAGAGCAUGCAUUUAGUUUUACUAGUGUUUAAGAGCAGUUGGAGGCUACUGAAGGAGUGUUGUAUGGCAUUGAAGCUUGUUUGGAGGUUUGUUAACACAGUGUCCAAUGAAGGGCCAGAUGUAUACAAAAUGGUGUCGUCUGCGUUGAGGUGGAUCUGAGAGUCACCAGCAGCAAGAGCGACAUCAUUGAUAUACACGGAGAAAAGAGUUGGCCCAAGAAUUGAACCCUGUGGCACCCCCAUAGAGACUGCCAUAGGUCCAGACAACAGGCCUUCCGAUUUGACACAUUGAACUCUAUCUGAGAAGUAGUUGGUGAACCAGGCGAGGCAGUCAUUUGAGAAACCAAGGCUAUUUAGUCUGCCAAUAAGAAUGCGGUGGUUGACAGAUUCGAAAGCCUUGGCCAGGUCGAUGAAGACGGCUGCACAGUACUGUCUAUUAUUGAUCGCGGUUAUAAUAUCGUUUAGGACCUUGAGCGUGGCUGAGGUGCACCCAUAACCAGCUCGGAAACCGGAUUGCAUAGCGGAGAAGGUACGGUGGGAUUCGAAAUGGUCAGUGAUCUGUUUGUUAACUUGGCUUUCAAAAACUUUUGAAAGGCAGGGCAGGAUGGAUAUAGGUCUGUAACAGUUUGGAUCUAGAGUGUCACCCCCUUUGGAUCUAGAGUGUCACCCCCACUGCGCCACUCGUCAAUCCGAGUGGCGCAGUGGUCUAAGGCACUGCAUCGCAGUGCUAACUGUGCCACUAGAGAUCCUGGUUCGAAUCCAGGCUCUGUCGCAGCCGGCCGCGACCGGGAGACUCAUGGGCGGCGCACAAUUGGCCCAGCGUCGUCCAGGGUAGGGGAGGGAAUGGCCGGCAGGGAUGUAGCUCAGUUGAUAGAGCAUGGCGUUUGCAACGCCAGGGUUGUGGGUUCGAUUCCCACGGGGGGCCAGUAUAAAAAAAAAAUAUAUAUAUAUAUAUAUAUAUGUGUUCACUAACUGUAAGUCGCUCUGGAUAAGAGCGUCUGCUAAAUGACUAAAAUGUAAAAAUGUAAAAUGAAGAGGGGGAUGACCGCGGCAGCUUUCCAAUCUCUGGGGAUCUCAGACGUUACGAAAGAGAGGUUGAACAGGCUAGUAAUAGGGGUUGCGACAAUUUCGGCGGCUAGUUUUAGAAAGAAAGGGUCCAGAUUGUCUAGCCCAGAUGAUUUGUAGGGGUCCCGAUUUUGCAGCUCUUUCAGAACAUCAGCUGUCUGAAUUUGUGUGAAGGAGAAGCGGUGGGGGGGGGGCAUGGGCAAGUUGCAGCGGAGGGUGCAGAGCUGGUGGCCGGGGUAGUGGUAGCCAGGUGGAAAGCAUGGCCAGCCGUAGCAAAAUGCUUGUUGAAAUUCUCUAUUAUUGUAGAUUUAUCGGUGGUGAUAGUGUUUCUUAGCCUCAGUGCAGUGGGCAGCUGGGAGGAAGUGCUCUUAUUCUCCAUGGACUUUACAGUGUCCCAAAACUUUUUGGAGUUAGUGCUACAGGAUGCACAUUUCUGUUUGAAAAAGUUAGCCUUUGCUUUCCUAACUGCUUGUGUAUAUUGGUUCCUAACUUCCCUGAAAAGUUGCAUAUCGCAGUGGCUAUUUGAUGCUAAUGCAGUAUGCCACAGGAUGUUUUUGUGCUGGUGAAGGGCAGUCAAGUCUGAGGAGAACCAGGGGCUAUAUCUGUUCUUAGUUCUGUAUUUUUUGAAUGGGGCAUGUUUAUUUAAGAUUGAGAGGAAAUUACUUUUAAAGAACAACCAGGCAUCUUCUACUGACGGAAUGAGAUCUAUAUCCAUCCAGGAUACCUGGGCCAGGUCAAUUAGGAAGGCAUGCUCGCUAAAGUGUUUUAGGGAGCGUUUGACAGUGAUGAGGGGUGGUCGUUUGACCGCGGACCCGUUACGGACGCAGGCAAUAAGGCAGUGAUUGCUGAGAUCCUGGUUGAAGACAGCGGACGUGUGUUUAGAGGGUAAGUUGGUCAGGAUGAUAUCUUUGAAGGUACACAUGUUUACGGAUUUAGGGUUGUACCUGGUAGGUUCGUUGAUAAUUUGUGUGAGAUUGAGGGCAUCUAGUUUGGAUUGUAGGAUGGCUGGGGUGUUAAGCAUAUCCCAAUUUAGGUCACCAAGCAGUAUGAACUCUGAGGAUAAAUGGGGGGCAAUCAAUUCACAUAUGGUGUCCAGGGCACAGCUGGGGGCUGAGGGGGGUCUGUAGCAAGCGGCAACAGUGAGAGACUUAUUUCUGGAAAGGUGGAUUUUUUGAAGUAGAAGCUCAAACUGUUUGGGCACAGACCUGGAUAGUAUGAUAGAGCUCUGCAGGCUAUCUCUACAGUAGAUUGCAACUCCACCCCCUUUGGCAGUUCUAUCUAGACGGAAAAUGUUGUAGUUGGGGAUGGAAAUUUCAGAAUUUUUGGUGGCCUUCCUAAACCAGGAUUCAGACACUGCUAGAACAUCAGGGUUGGCGGAGUGUGCUAACGCAGAAUAACUCAAAUUUAGGAAGGAGGCUUCUGAUAUUAACGUGCAGAAAACCAAGGCUUUUAUGGUUACAACAAAUGAUAGCUUCUGGGGAGUAGGAGUGAUACUGGGGGCUGCAGGGCCUGGGUUAGCCUCUACAUCACCAGAGGAACAGAAGAGGACUAGAAUAAGGAUUUAAGAACUGGUCUUCUAGUUUGUUGGGUACAGAGAAUAAAGGGGGCAGAUUUCCAGGCGUUGUAGAAAAGAUUCAGGGCAUUAUGUACAGACAAGGAUAUGGAAGGAUAUGAGUACAGUGGAGGUAAACCUAAGCGUUGGGUAACAAUGAAAGAGAUAGCAUCACUGAAGGCACCGAUUGAGCCGGUCUCGGCGUGUAUGGGGGGUGGAACAAAGGAACUAUUUGAGGCAGUUUGAGAGGGACUUGGGGUUCUACAGUGAAAUUGUAUAAUAAGAACUAACUGGAACAGCAAUAGGCAAGGCAUAUUGACAUGGGAGAGAGGCAUAAAGCAAUCACAGGUGUUAUUAGAGAGAGCUAAGACAACAACUGGUAAUGGCGAUAAAGUUUGGGCUGAGGCUAAACAGAAUAAACAAGACAGGCUACCGUGUAAAGGAACAGUCCAGCAGGCAUCACCUGUGCAGCUGAGUGAUCAUAAGGUCCAGUGAACAGCAAUAUGUGAGUCCGAGAGCAGUUCAAAUUGGUGCUUCAGCACAGCGAGCAGGAAGCACGGUUGUAGUUUGCGUGUGCUAGCGGGCCGGGGCUAGCAGAUGGAUCUUCGUGGUCAUUGCAACGGGAAGCCUGUUGAAACCACAGACGAUUAUGUCGGCAGACCAGUCGUGAUGGAUCGGCAGGGCUCCGUGUCGACUCUAGGAGGUCCCGUCCGGUUGACAGAGAGGUAGAUAGCCGGGAGAUGUGCCUGACUCAAGGCUAGCUCAAGGCUGAUUAGCCAACAACAGCGUUCAUUUGGUUGCAGCUAGCUAGUUGCGAUUAUCCAGUGUUAAUGGUCCAGUGAUUCAGUGAUUCCGGCAGAAAAUCCGAUAGGUUCUGGGUCGAUAACUCGCUGUGCAGACAGUGCAGACUGGCCGAUAAUAGUCCAGGCUAGAGCUGGCUGGUAGGUAGUGCAGGCCACGGACAAUAGAGAAAAGCUGCUAACGGUGGCUAAUAGCAAGUAGCUAGUUAGCUGGUUAGCUGGCUACUCCCGUCCGGUAGACAGAGAGGUAGAUAGCCGGGGCUAGCUCAAGGCUAACUGGUGCUACGGGGGCAGUGGUGAUUAGCCUACAGCAACAUCCAUUCGACAUCCAUUCGGUUGUGGCUAGCUAGAUCCGGUGUUAUGGUCCAGUGAUUCAGUUUUUUCCGGCAGAAAAUCCAAUGUUCUGGGUGAAAAACGCUAAACGGCGGCUAAACGGCGGCUAAUAGCAAGUAGCUAGUUAGCUAGUUAGCUGGCUGGCUAGUUUCAACUGGAUAUUCUAGAUAAAGGUGAGUAAAUAAUAGAAUCCGUUCCGCAUUGAGUGAGGUGGGUUGCAGGAAAGUAUAUUUAGUAGAAGGAUGAAAAGUGUAAUAGGGAAAUAUAUACGUAAAAUACAAAAAAAAAUACAAAAAACAGGCUAUUUACAUGGACACACAAGAGAACACGACCACACUGCUACGCUAUCUUGGAGUAACAUUUGAAUCACCUACGUGGAGAAAUCUCAAUGACUGAACCAAAAUGACAAUAAUAGGCGAGACUGGAAAUGAAAGGCACAAUCCCAGUUAUCUGAUAAUAAUUAUUUGGAUGAUUACCUUAAAUAAGUUUAAUAGUAUCAUGUAAUAUAUUCCAACCAAAUAACCAUGUACAAUAUCAAAGCUCACAAUACACCUUUACCUGAUGCACAUAGUGGCUACAUGGCCUCUGUACUUCAAUGAGCAGUUAAAUAAUGACACACUCUGAAAGCACAGGGCCCUUGAGAAAAACAAGGACAUUAUCUUCUUUCAAGAUAUGAUAUAACCCAGCUAAAUGGGUGCCAAGAACCAUCCAGUAUUACAAAAUGUCAAUAAAUCAGUUGAAAAACAACCACUCUGCCUUACAUUACGCCUAUUCUCAGCAUAGCAUUCACCAGCGACAUUGUGCCCAAUUUAGCAUCACUGUACAAUACCACAUCCUUGAAUUAUUCUGAAUGUACAUUUUCAGAGGAGUUGUAUCGAUUGAGCACAUACAGAUGUAGGAUCUUAAUUUGAGCCUGUUUUCUACAGCAGGAAAAUGAUCCUGCAGCAACAGGAAAUGUUAAUUAUUAUGUGGAUUAUAAUUAAUGGACAUUUUUUUGUAGGAAAAUUGUCAGCAACAAAAGAGUGAUCAAAUUAAGGUCCUACAUCUGUACGUAAUCAGUUAAACUCUAUCGACAGAAAUCAGGACCCACCAGCCUAACUAUAUCAACAGACUCCUGUAGCGAAGGACGCUUAACCAAUAAAUUCCCCUCUUUACUCCAUCAAUUAAGCCUCAUGAACCAAUCGUCGCAGAGAUAGGAAGGUGUCUACCCAGCGGGGUUCCAUGGGAACAUGGAGGCUGGAGGUUGAUUUUGUUCUCUUGUGAUUCCCAUCUUUCGUCUUUUCCUAAUCCCAACCUGAGAGUGGGAUCGCUAGGUCUCUCCUAUUCCCACAGCCCACACUCUGAACUCCACAAGCCUCUUCUCAUAGCUCUUCACUUACCUUCCAUUGCCAUUUAUUCAUCAUUUAUAAUACAUGAAUAAGGCAUGAAUAAAACAUGAAUAAGGCAUGAAUAAGCUAUAUUAACAAGAGGGACCUACGUUGAAAGGGACUCCAUUAAUGGAGGUUUCAUAGAACAGGCACCUCUUCAUUGAGCUGAGCAGUGAGUGACAGAUGGGUAGAGUGCUCUGCUCUCAUCACAAAGGGACAUAUUGGUGGAGGAGAGGGAGCUAUUUAAAAUAAAAUAAAACUUUAUUUAACUAGGCAAUUCAGUUAAGAACAAAUUCUUAUUAACAAUGAUGGCCGAUAGAAGGAGAGAUUGAAGGAGGAGGUUACGAAAGUGUGGAGCGAGAGUGGAAGAGAUGUGAAGAGGAGAGAUGGAGAGAGGAGAUGGUAGGGAGAUGGACUGAGGUGGUUACAUAGAGUGAAAGGAGAGAUGUGUAAAGAAGGAGAGAGGGAAAGAGAGGAGAAGAGAUAAAAGGUUGAAAGAGUGGUUUUAGAAAGAGUGGAUAAGUAAGAUGGGGAGUGGAGCAGAGAGGAGGAGAAGAGGUGAAAGAGAUGAAAAAAACAUUGAAGGACACAGACAUAGGAAGAUAAUGAAGGGAAUUAAAAGAGAGAGAGAAAAAAACAUUAAUACUGGACUAUAAAUACAGUCAGGUCAAAAAUGAUUGGCACCCUUGAUUAAAAAAAAACACUGUAUAAAAUAAUUAAUACAAAUAUUGAGCUAUAUUGUAUGCUCAGAUUUGUUUUUCAAUUAUAUUAUUUUAUACUAAUACAGUUGAAAAAAUAAAGAGACCUGACUGUACAUAGCAAAAAAAAUGAAAAUAAACAGAAUUUUGGCAAAACAGAGAGGGAAUGAGGCAGAGUGGUCCUGUGAAGUGAAUGACAAUGUUCAGGCAGGACUCAUACUGCCAAUGGAGCAGCACAGGCACCAGGAGUCAGGGGCAGAGCAUUGAGUUUCAGCUUCUACACAGAGGGGCUCCUAUUACAAUGACUAAUGGAUCAGGGGUUGAUGUGUGUGUGUGUGUGUGUGUGUGUGUGUGUGUGUGUGUGUGUGUGUGUGUGUGUGUGUGCGUGCACAUGACUCCAUACAUGUGUGUGUGUGUGUGUUUCAACAUAUGAGACUGGAAGCCAGAAAGCUUUAUUCAUUUUGAUUAAAAGCAGCAUCCCUGUUAUCAUUCAGUUAAAUGCAAAUUCUCUUUAUUUCGCUGUGGUGGUGCACGGCCCACCCCUUGGGCUCUGCCUGUCUGACAGCUGGGAAAACACAUCAGAUCUGCUCCUCUUCCUCUCUAUCGCCUCUCUCUCUACACACACACACACACACACACACACACACACACACACACACACACACACACACACUAACAAACACACACACUUUACUUGCUUUAAUUACAGUUCUGUUUUCAAUGCACCCCUCGACCACUCCCAUGCUCGCCUGCCUAGCUGUCAGCACAGGCUAGCACGAUUAGUACUGUCAGAGAUGAGCGCUGCUGCCACUGUGCUUUUUACUCCCACGCUAAUUAGCUGGAGAUUUUAGAACAAGGACAGUUUAACCACCUGGCAUAGAGACAAAAGAUGAUUCCCUUUUGUGUGGAGAAAGAAAGAGCGCUGAUUUUUUACAUUUAGACAUAGGGCCCUGCUAGAAUACUUUUCAAAUUCUUUCUUUCUUUCUUUCUUUCUUUCUUUCUUUUUUUCUUUCUUUCUUUCUUUCUUUCUUUCUUUCUUUCUUUCUUUCUUUCCUUCCUUCCGUCCUUCCUUCCUUCCUUCCUUCCUUCCUUCCUUCAGUCCUUUAUUCCUUCCUUCCUUCCUUCAGUCCUUUAUUCCUUCCUUCCUUCCUUUAGUCCUUCCCUGCCUCCUUCCUUUCUUCCUUCCUUGAAGUAAUCCUAGAUCUGACAUUUUUGGUAGUGGAACCCUUGCUUUCACCUUUCCAGUCGUGUACGAUUAGUGAAAAUUACUUCAAGGCAGGGAGAGGAGGGAUAUAUUUGACAACUAUUCAAACCGGUUUUAGUCAGAUUUACAAGUGAUGGAUAUCUGUCCUGUAGAUUUGAAGUUGGGUAGCUGCUCUAUAUAGUUUGACACUGAGAAGCCAUACAUUGGUAGUAUCAUCAUGAUUACUUAUAGACGGACAUCAUGUACUGUAGCAACAAAUUACAUCCUUUUUAGGGAACGCGUUUACUGUACAUUAUGUCCUUUGGAGUCCGUCAUAUGUAUGUCAGAACAGACCGUGUCUGUUGAAAUGAUGACGGCUUUGAAAGAACCAUAGCCAUCUGUGCUGAAUACCUUUGGAAAUAGGAAAGUUGAUUAAUUAAAUGAUGAUUAACCCCCAUACAAUGUAAAGUACUUUGAGACCUAGGCCUUGAGUGUUAUAUAAAUACAUUCCAUCCAUGAUUCACCCUGUUAACCUUAGAGAUCUUCUAGUAUAUAAGCAGUAGUUUGGUACAGUGAGCUGUACUACCUCAGUCAACUAUGAGCCUUAUAAACUCAGGUCAAGGACAGCCAUUGUAUGAUACCUUACAUAUCUGAUCUGAGGUCAGACCAGUAGAACAUGUAGGAGGCAGCAUGUUGGACACAGAGAAAAUAAAUUAAGAGAUUACGUAAUGAUUCAUUUCUAAUGACGUUGAGCAAGGUAGAGACUCAAUCAUAGAAAUACGAAAUAAAACAUAAAAAAGUGAACCUAUUUCUACGGGCUCAAUUAAAAUCUGUUAAACUCUGACUCAAGAAGACAGAGGAAUUUGAGAGUGGCAAAAGAGAUAUAACUUAUUUUCAAAACUGUAUUACUACACUCUUCCACCACAGUGGUCUGAAGAGGUGAAGAAGUGGGAGGUUUGGGUUUGGAGGCCAGGCUUUUGACCGUGAGUUUGCAGGUUCAGUUCCCAUCCACUGUGUGUCUCUGUCAUUGAUCAAAUAAGCCUAAGAGGUGAAGUAUGGGAAAUGCCUAGGUGUCUGUGAAGUUAUACAGGUGAUGGGGACUAAAAGUCAGCUCACAGCAUUUUAUUGGCAGAACAAUUGCUGCAGUGUGUGUGCAACACAGUGCCAUAACAUCUUCUAGUACAGGGUUUUGUUUUUGUUUUUUUGUGACAAGCUCACUUUGUAGGUCCCACAACUGUAGGACCAACAGCCAAACUAAGAGAUGGUAUUUUGGUAUUUUGUAUUUUAUUAGGAUCCCCAUUAGCUGUUGCAAAAGCAGCAUCUACUCUUCCCGGGGUCAACACAAAACAUGAAACAUUACAUAAUACAGAACAUUAAUAGACAACAGCUCAAGGACAGAACUACAUAACUAAAUAAAAAAAUUACAAAAGGCACACGUAGCCUACAUAUCAAUACAUACACACAAACUAUCUAGCUCAAAUAGGGGAGAGGCAUUGUGCCGUGAGGUGUUGCUUUAUUUGUUUUUUGAAACCAGGUUUGCUGUUCACAUGAGCAAUAUGAGAUGGAAUGGAGUUGCAUGCAAUAAUGGCUCUAUAUAAUACUGUACGCUUUCUUGAAUUUGUUCUGGAUUUGGGUCCUGUGAAAAGACCCCUGGUGGCAUGUCUGGUGGGGUAAGUGUGUGUGUGUCAGAGCUGUGUGUAAGUUGACUAUGCAAACAAUUUGGGAUUUUCAACACAUUAAUGUUUCUUAUAAAAAUAAGAAGUGAUGCAGUCAGUCUCUCUUAACUCUUAACCAAGAGAGACUGGCAUGCAUAGUUGGUAUCAGUUUGAAUUAACUCAUAUGUUUUCCUUGGUUUCCUCUAAACCCUAUUGAUAUUCAAAACUAUGUCCGUCUUAAAGUGAGCUUGAUAAAUGUGCCAUAUGGAUGACUUAACCACAUUAUGCUCCUAUUUCCCAUUACCCCCACCCCAACAUGAAAGACGGUGUACGGAAGGAAUUUAAGUUGCUAAUUUACCUCAAAUUUUGACUUGAGGUUUACAAUACAUUGUACGGUAUCUAUAUUUCACAAUCAUGUCACCCUCUUUUGCCAGCAUGAUAUAUUUGGAAGAAAUAGCUCUAGACAGAUUUAUUUAAUGACAUUGCCACCAAGUGGUCCCGAUCGUCAUGCCUUUGAAUAUUGGUUUGACUCAAAACCUGCUUGCCUUAGCUACCAGCUUGCACAGUGAGAGGAGAAACUAAGAUGAAAGGGAAGAUAUCAGUGUGAUGUGUUAAGCUACAGUAGAUAAAAUAAAGGAUAUCUCAGUUUAAAAUAUCUCUAUUGGGUUAACCCCAUACAGAUAUAGGAUCUUAAUUUGAUCAUCCUGUUGCAGGAGAACUUCCUGCACCUGCAAUACAGGAAAUCUGAAACUUGUUGUGUAUUUGAGGUUUAAAAAGGCUUCUGAAGUUUGAUAUUCCCGUACGAAAAAUGUAUCAACCCCUUCAAAAAUGUCCAUAAUUUAUAAUCCACAUAAUAAUUCACAUUUCCUGUUGCUGCAGGAUCAUUUUUGUAGCAAACUGGUUCAAAUUAAGAUCCUACAUCUGUACUUGUGACUUGGCAAGGCUAAUUUGCUUAAGCCUGUUGGUUUGUUUUAUUGCGGGGGACAGGAUAUAGCAACACACAGUGACUGGCAACAGUAUACACUAUAUAGACACAGCUGGCUAUGGUUUGUUAAUUUAUUUUGUAAAGGACAACAAAAUCAACCAACAGGCUUGAACAAAGGGCCCAUCUCUGAAUCUUGAAAGCAAUGAGGAAAUAGCACAGUUUGCGCCCAGAUUGUGCACCUGAAUCCUUUGUGUUAAUCUCUCUGUUCUCUCUCUCUCUCUCUCUCUCUCUCUCUCUCUCUCUCUCUCUAUAUAUAUAUAUAUAUAUAUAUAUAUAUAUAUAUAUAUAUAUCUCCCUCCUCUCUUCUGUGGCAGGUGUUACUGGCUUGGUUCAGAUAGAUGGAGAAGGCGAUCGGGAGAUUGACUUUGCCUUGUGGGACAUGACCGAUCUUGACUCUGGGGUCUUUCAGGUAGGCACUGACUGCUCCUCUAACAAAGUGGUGGUUACACACAAACACACACCGGUACAUAAAUACACACUCACUCUGUAGCUGUGUUCUUUGUCCUCUUCCAGUGUAGCAGCUAUAAAAGCUACAAUGACAAGGCACUUUCGUUCAACACCCAAAGUUACAGUACUUUUGUUACAUUAAGAUUUGGCUAACAAUCUAUCCUGUGUGUCUCCAGAUCGUGUCCGUCUACAACAGCACCCUGAAGGAGCUGGUUCCAGUGCCGGGCAUGAAGGUCCAGUGGUCGGGGGGCGCCCCCCCCCAAGACAUCCCCGACUGUGGCUUCAAGAACGACAAGCCCGCCUGCUUAGCACGUAUGCACUGAAGAACCCCUGGGGCCUUAUUUAUCAACAUAACAUUUUGUAUAUUUGCAAUAUGAAUAAACAAAACCCACUGGAGAUUUUACGAACAUUGAGAGAGAAACAUUUUAAUUUCGUGCUGCUCAUAAUUAGGGCUGUUGCGGUGACCGUAUUACCGCCGCACCGGCUGUCAUGAUAGGAGUCAAAUUCCCUGUGACCGUUGAUCACAGUAAUCUCAAUCCAAAACUGCGCAAAUGAAUGGUGCUGAUGGGUAGCCUACCAAACUUGCUAAUGGCCUUUGCUAAUGACCUGGUACUCAGCGCUCUAUUUUCCCUAUAAUCACUCUAAACACAUCAUGAUUGAAUUUGAACAAUCUGAAUGAUGAGGACAAAUAGUGAUGGGAGUUAGGGCAUCCGCAUGCUUCCCAGCCGAAACAGUUUGGAAGAGUUUGUGCAUAUAUUAUGAUGACAUUUUGUGACGUUUUUGUUCGUUUUGGACUUUGGUAAGGAUUUUUACGUCAAAAUUAAUGACAGAUUUCUUCAGUUAUCUUAGAUUAAUUCUGACUAUUUUGAGGAAGUGUAUGCUGGCUACGGCGUCUCAAAAUGGCCAAACAGUACUAUUGACAAUGCAAAUAGUCCGGGUAGCCAUUUGAUUAGCUGUUCAGGAGUCUUAUGGCUUGGGGGUAUAAUCUGUUAAGAAGCCUUUUGGACCUAGACUUGGUACCACUUGCCGUGCGGUAGCAGAGAGAACAGUCUAUGACUAGGGUGGCUGGAGUCUUUGACAAUUUUGAGGGCCUUCCUCUGACACUGCCUGGUAUAGAGGUCCUGGAUGGCAGGAAGCUUGGCCCCAGUGAUGUACUGGGCCGUACGCACUACCCUCUGUAGUGCCUUGCGGUCAGAGGCCGAGCAGUUGCCAUACCAGGCAAUGAUACAACCAGUCAGGAUGCUCUCGAUGGUGCAGCUGUAUAACUUUUUGAGGAUCUGAGGACCCAUGCCAAAUCUUUUCAGUCUCCUGAGGGGGAAUAGGCUUUGUCGUGCCCUCUUCACGACUUUGUUGGUGUGUUUGGACCAUGAUAGUUUGUUGGUGAUGUGGACACCAAGGAACUUGAAGCUCCCAACCUGCUCCACUACAGCCCCGUCGAUGAGAAUGGGGGCGUGCUCGGUCCUCUUCUUUUUCCUGUAGUCUACAAUCAUCUCCUUUGUCUUGAUCACGUUGAGGGAGAGGUUGUUAUCCUGGCACCACACGGCCAGGUCUCUGACCUCCUCCCUAUAGCCUGUCUCAUCGUUGUCGGUGAUCAGGCCUACCACUGUUGUGUCGUCGGCAAACUUAAUGAUGGUUUUGGAGUCAUGCCUGGCCAUGCAGUCAUGGGUGAAGUGGGAGUACAGGAGGGGACUGAGCACGCAUCCCUGAGGGGCCCCCGUGUUGAGGAUCAGCGUGGCAGAUGUGUUGUUACCCACCAUUACCACCUGGGGGCGGCCCGUCAGGAAGUCCAGGAUCCAGUUGCAGAGGGAGGUGUUUAGUCCCAGGGUCCUUAGCUUAGUGAUGAGCUUUGUGGGCACUAUGUUGUUGAACGCUGAUCUGGAGUCAAGGAAUAGCAUUCAUAAGCUCACACAGCUUAUCAUAAGGUACUAUACCUCAGGCGAGCAAAACCUCUAGACUACCUUAAUACUAGAUUUUGUCCACCAGCUGUUGUUUAUAAAUAUACACAGACCGCCACCCCCUGUCUUACCGGAGGCAGCUGUUCUAUCUUACUGAUGCAGCGUAUAUCCCGCCAGUUGUAUGUUAUCCAUGUCGUCGUUCAGCCAAGACACGGUGAAACAUAAGAUAUUACAGUUUUUAAUGUCCCGUUGGUAGGAUAUCCGUUUGUCUAUUUUGUUAUCCAAUGAUUGUACGUUGGCUAAUAGGACUGAUGGUAGAGGCGGAUUACGCUCUCGCCGUCGGCUCCUUACAAGGGUCAUGCAGCCCUUAUGUUUUGAUUUCUAAGACAUUCCCAGGUUUAUAAGCCUAUCACGACUAAUUAAAUAAUGGAUUUUAUUGUGAUGGCUACAUUAAAUUGAUGUAUUUAGUUGAUUUAGCAACUUACACUACCAGUCAAAAGUUUGGACACCCCUACUCAUUCAUGGGUUCUUCUUUGUUUUCAUUUUUUUUUACAUUGUAGAAUAAUAGUGAAGAUAUCAAAACUAUUAAAUAACACAGGUGGAAUCAUGUAGUAACCAAAAAAGUGUUAAACAAAUCAAAAUAUAUUUUAUAUUUGAGAUUCUUCAAAUAGCCACCAUUUGCCUUGAUAACAGCUUUGCACACUCUUGGCAUUCUCUCAACCAGCUUCAUGAGGUAGUCACCUGGAAUGCAUUUCAAUUAACAGGUGUGCCUUCUUAAAAGUUAAUUUGUGGAAUUUCUUUCCUUUUUAAUGUGUUUGAGCCAAUCAAUUGUGUUGUGACAAGGUGUGUGUGUGUGGGGGGGGGGGGGGGGGGGGGGGGGAGGUCAGUCAAUAUGGAAAACUUCAAGCACUUUGAAAGUUUCUUCAAAUUUAGUCGCAAAAACCAUCAAGCGCUAUGAUGAAACUGGCUCUCAUGAGGACCACCACAGAGUUACCUCUGCUGCAGAGGAUAAGUUCAUUAGAGUUACCUGCCUCAGAAAUUGCAGGCCAAAUAAAUGCUUCACAGAGUUCAAGUAACAGACACAUCUCAACAUCCACUGUUCAGAGGGGACUGUGUGAAUCAGACCUUCAUGGUCGAAUUGCUGCAAAGAAACCACUAUUAAAGGACACCAAUAAUAAGAAGAGACCUGCUUGGGCCAAGAAACACGAGCAAUGGACAUUAGAUCGGUGGAAACGUGUACUUUGGUCUGGAGUCCAAAUUGGAGAUUUUUGGUUCCAACCGCCGUGUCUUUGUGAGACGCGGUGUGGGUGAACGGAUGAUCUCUGCAUGUGUAGUUCCCACUGUAAAGCAUGGAGGAGGAGGUGUUAUGGUGUGGGGGUGCUUUGCUGGUGGCACUGUCAGUGAUUUAUUUAGAAUUCAAGGCACACAUAACCAGCAUGGCUACCACAGCAUUCUGCAGCAAUACGCCAUCCCAUCUGGUUUGGGCUUAGUGGGACUAUCAUUUGUUUUUCAACAGGACAAUGACCCAAUACACCUCCAGGUUGUGUAAGGGCUAUUUUACCAAGAAGGAGAGUGAUGGAGUGCUACAUCAGGUGACCUGGCCUCUAUAAUUGUCACGAUCGUCUGAAGAAGCGGACCAAUACGCAGCGCGUGGAGUGAACAUGAUGACUUUAUUUAAUAAAGCAACCACGAAAAACAACAAAUGACGAUAGUGAAGUCCUCUGUAACACUGACAGAAACAUGGAACAAAAACCCACAAACCAAGGAGAAACCACACAGUUUAAAUAUGGCUCCCAAUCAGAGAUAACGAGCCGAACAGCUGACACUCGUUACCUCCGAUUGGGAGUCAUAUGACUAAUCAAACACAAUCACCCAACAUAGAAAUGAACAACCUAGACACCCCAACAUAGAAAUACACCCAAACAAAUGAAAAUGAACAACCCUGGCUCAAAUAUCAAAGUCCAUGGAGCCAGAGUGUCACAGUACCCCCCCCCUAAAGGUGCGAACUCCGGGCGCACCAACAUAAGGACUAGGGGAGGGUCUGGGUGGGCGUCUGUCCACGGUGGCGGCUCUGGCCCCGGUCGUGAUCCCCACCCCACCACAGUCACAACCUGCUUCAGUAGCCUCCUCCCAAUGACCACCCUCCAACUAACCCCACCUGGACUAAGGGGCAACACCGGACUAAGGGGCAGCACCGGACUAAGGGGCAGCACCGGGAUAAGGGGCAGCACCGGGCUAAGGGGCAGCACCGGACUAAGGGGCAGCACCGGGCUAAGGGACAGUACCUGACUAAGGGGCAGCACCGGACUGAGGGGCAGCUCCGGACUGAAUGGCGGAUCCUGGCUGGCUGGCUCUGGCGGAUCCUGGCUGGCUGGCGGAUCCGGGCUGGACGGCUCUGGCGGAUCCUGGCUGGACGGCUCUGGCGGAUCCUGGCUGGACGGCUCUGGCGGAUCCUGGCUGGACGGCUCAUGGCUGGCUGACGGAUCUGGCUGCUCAUGGCUGGCUGACGGAUCUGGCUGCUCAUGGCUGGCUGACGGAUCUGGCUGUUCAUGGCUGGCUGACGGAUCUGGCUGCUCAUGGCUGGCGGAAGGCUCUGGCUGAUCCUGUCUGGCGGAAGGCUCUGGCUGAGCCUGUCUGGCGGAAGGCUCUGGCUGAUCCUGUCUGGCGGAAGGCUCUGGCUGAUCCUGUCUGGCGGAAGGCUCUGGCUGAUCCUGUCUGGCGGAGAGCUCUAGCGGCUCCGGUCUGGCGGACGGCUCUGAAGGCUCAUGGCAGACGGGCGGCUUUGCAGGCUCAGUACAGACGGGCAGUUCAGACGGCGUUGGGCAGACGGACAGUUCAGACGGCGUUGGGCAGACGGGCAGUUCAGGCGCCGUUGGGCAGACGGGCAGUUCAGACGGCGUUGGGCAGACGGACAGUUCAGGCGCCGUUGGGCAGACGGGCAGUUCAGACGGCGUUGGGCAGACGGACAGUUCAGGCCCCGUUGGGCAGACGGCAGACUCUGGCCGUCUGAGGCGCACCGUAGGCCUGGUGCGUGGUGCCGGAACUGGAGGUACCGGGCUGAGGACACGCAUCUCAGGGCUAGUGCGGGGAGAAGCAACAGGGCAUGCUUGACCCUGGGGACGCACCGUAGGCCUGAUGCGUGGUGCCGGAACUGGAGGUACCGGGCUGAGGACACGCAUCUCAGGGCUAGUGCGGGGAGAAGCAACAGGGCAUGCUUGGCCCUGGGGACGCACCGUAUCCCUGGUGCGUGGAGUAGGAACAGGCCGGGCUGAGCUGGCGACGCGCACCGUAUCCCUGGUGCGAGUGGCCGGAACAGGCCGGGCCGGGCUGGCGAAGCGCACCGUAUCCCUGGUGCGAGUGGCCGGAACAGGCCGGGCUGGGCUGGCGACGCGCACCGUAGGCUUCGUAUGAGGCUCAGGAACAGGCCGGGCUGGGCUGGCGACGCGCACCGUACACUUAGUGCGAGGGGCCGGAACAGGCCGUACCGUACUGGGGACACACACUACUGGCUGUACCUCGGGAUUAGGAACGGGCCGGACCGGACUGGAUACACACCUCAGUCUCUCACGCCGUGCCUCUACAUCUCCUUUCCCUACUUUGGCCAGUGACCCCCUUAACCUGGUAGCCUCCUGAAUCCGUCCCUUCUCUGCCUCCGUCAGCCCCCUUAACCUGGUAGCCUUCUGAAUCUGCCUUGUGGCAGCCUCCUGCUGCUCAGUCGCCCAAGCCAUGUGCCCCCCCCAAAAAACUUUUUGGGGUUGCCUCUCGUCCUUCCAACGAUGAUGGCCCUGCUGACGCCGUUGCUCCUCUCUCGCCAGGGCCUUGAUCUUCCCCCAAGGUCCCUUGCCCCCGAGCAUGUCCUCCCAGGACCACGAUUUGCCCACCUGGGCCAUCGCCAGCCUCUCGAUCUCCUUCCCAGGCGCUUCCUCCCAUGUCCAGCUGUCUUGCUCCUGGACACGCUGCUUGGUCCUUCUAUGGUGGGUUUUUCUGUCACGAUCGUCUGAAGAAGCGGACCAAUACGCAGCGCGUGGAGUGAACAUGAUGACUUUAUUUAAUAAAGCAACCACGAAAAACAACAAAUGACGAUAGUGAAGUCCUCUGUAACACUGACAGAAACAUGGAACAAAAACCCACAAACCAAGGAGAAACCACACAGUUUAAAUAUGGCUCCCAAUCAGAGAUAACGAGCCGAACAGCUGACACUCGUUACCUCCGAUUGGGAGUCAUAUGACUAAUCAAACACAAUCACCCAACAUAGAAAUGAACAACCUAGACACCCCAACAUAGAAAUACACCCAAACAAAUGAAAAUGAACAACCCUGGCUCAAAUAUCAAAGUCCAUGGAGCCAGAGUGUCACAAUAAUCCCCCGACCUCAACCAAAUUGAGAUGGUUUGGGAUGAGUCGGACGGCAGAGUGAAGGAAAAGCAGCCAACAAGUUCUAAGCAUAUGUGGGAACUCCUUCAAGACUGUUGGAAAAGCAUUGCAGGUGAAGCUGGUUGAGAGAAUGCCAAGAGUGUGCAAAGCUGUCAUCAUGACAAAGGAUGGCUAUUUGAAGAAUCUCAAAUAUAAAUAUAUGUUGAUAUGUUGAACAAUUUUUUGGUUACUACAUGAUUCCAUAUGUGUUAUUUCAUAGUUUUGAUGUCUUCACUAUUAUUCUACAAUGUAGAAAAUAGUUUUAAAAAAUAAAGAAAAACCCUUAAAUAUGUAGGUGUCCAAACUUUUGACUGGUACUGUAUAUUACUUGGUUAUUUUUACCUACCUUAGCUGAAUGCACAUACUAUAAGUGGCUAGGGAUAAGUGUCUGCUAUAUGACUAAAAUGUAAAAAUAUAAUAGCUAUAUCAACAAAACCAUGCCAUUUCAGGGUGUAGGCUACACAUGCUAUGACAUGGUAUUUCCUUUCCUCCCAGGGACGGUCACAAUGCACCAGAUGGUCGCCAUCAUUUUGUGCUUCAUUUUCAUCAUCAUCGUCACCGUCACCGUCUUCAUCUACAGGUCAGUGGUGCCCCCUUUUUUACCGUACCCCUUCCCCGAGGAAGACACUAGUCAAUGGUUAUGGGUUCUGAUGCCACCUCUCCACUCCCGACCCCUCCUCCACCCAUCCUCUAUCGCUCUUGCCUUUCUGUUCACUCUCUUCCCAUACUCUGCUCUUCUUUCAUUUUCUCUAUUUUAUCCCCCCCCCCCCCCCCAUCUCUUUCUCUUCUGUUUGAUUUUCUACCUUUAAUCUCUACAAUCAUGGUAUGUUUUUUGCCUCCAUGUUUAACUUUCUUACCCACAUUGUUACUCUGUCUAUCUUUCUCCUGUCCUCUUCACUUUACUCUCCUCUUUUCACUGUCUUUCUUCCUCUUUUUCCUUCCUCUUUCUUUACACGUUACAGGGAGAUCACUGCCAGACCAAGAAGGAACGAAUAAACGUGUUUCUGUCUCCUCUUCAGUGAUGACUCACCACCAGGGUCAUGUUCAUUAGGCACCACUCAGAAAUAUACAGACUGAAACAGUGAGGGACUACCUGGACCUGUUUAAUCAAAAACGUUCAUUUUCAUUUUCCAUUGAAAGCAUUUUUGUAUAUUUACCGUUGUGUGCGCUAAUGAACACGACCCAGUGAUAACUCACCCCCAGCCCCGUGUUUGCCCUUUGACCCUUCUCUCUGGCUUGUAUCCAGCUCCAUCAGACUUGCAGCUGAAAAGGUCAUUUGCUUUAUAGCUUGUCAUGUCUUGUGAUAAAAUUGUUGAACAUUGAGUGCAAGUCCAGGUGAACGUAUACCUUACUUAUUUUUUCCCCCUGUAGGAAUAUCAGGCUUAAGGUCAAAGUAUAUUAUGUCUCGUAUCAAAUAUAUAUAUAUAUAUAUACGUGACGAUGGCGCCGGAGAAGAUGGCUGCCGUUUUACAGCCCUCUAACCAAUUGUACUAUUAUGUGUGUUUUUUCGCGUUAUUUGUAAUUUAUUCUGUACAUAAUGUUUCUGCCAUCGUCUCUUAUAACCAAAAAGAGCUUCUGGAUAUCAGGACAGCGAUUACUCACCUCGUAUUGGACGAAGAUUUUUUCUUCAACGAGGCGGCCGCGAAGGAUAUCCUACAGACACCCGACAAGGCCCAAAUCCCCGUCAUUCGCAGGAUAAAGAGACAGAGAUAUCGUGGACGUAGGUCGGGGUGCCUCGUAAGGAUCCAACGGCGAGCGAGUAAACUGCCUCUUCCAUCAAUCCUAUUAGCCAAUCUUCAAUCAUUGAAAAAUAAAUUAGAUGACCUAUGAUUAUGCUUAUCCUACCAACGGGACAUUAAAAACUGUAAUAUCUUAUGUUUCACCGAGUCGUGGCUGAACAACGACAUGGACAACAUACAGCUAGCGGGCUAUACACUACAUUAGCAGGAUAGAACGGCUGACUCCGGUAAGACAAGGGGUGGCCGUCUGUGUAAAUUUGUAAACAACAGCUGGUGCACAAAAUCAAAUACUAAGGAAGUCUCUAGGUUUUGCUCGCCUGAGGUAUAGUACCUUAUGAUAAGCUGUAGACCACACUAUUUACCAAGAGAGUUUUCAUCUAUAUUUUUCAUAGCUGUCUAUUUACCACCACAAACCAAUGCUGGCAUUAAGAUUGCACUCAAUGAGCUGUAUAAGGCCAUAACUAAACAGGAAAACGCUCAUCCAGAGGCAGCGCUCCUAGUGGCCGGGGACUUUAAUGCAGGGAAACUUUAAUCCGUUCUACCUAAUUUCUACCAGCAUGUUAAAUGUGCAACCAGAGGAGAAAAAAACUCUAGACCACCUUUACUCAACACACAGAGACGCGUACAAAGCUCUCCCUCGCCCUCCAUUUGGCAAAUCUGACCAUAACUCUAUCCUUCUGAUUCCUGCUUAUAAGCAAAAACUAAAGCAGGAAGCACCAGUGACUCGGUUAAUAAAAAAGUGGUCAGAUGACGCAGAUGCUAAGCUACAGGACUGUUUUGCUAGCACAGACUGGAACACGUUCCGGGAUUCUUCAGAUAGCAUUGAGGAGUACACCACAUCAGUCACUGGCUUCAUCAAUAAGUGCAUCGAUGACGUCGUCCCCACAGUGACCGUACGUACAUACCCCAACCAGAAGCCAUGGAUUACAGGCAACAUCCGCACUGAGCUAAAGGGUAGAGCUGGCGCUUUCAAGGAGCGGGACUCUAACCAGGACGCUUAUAAGAAAUCCCGCUAUGCCCUCCGACGAACCAUCAAACUGGCAAAGAGUCAAUACAGGACUAAGAUUGAAUCGUACUGCACCGGCUCUGACGCUCGUCGGAUGUGGCAGGGCUUGAAAACUAUUACAGACUACAAAGGGAAGCACAGCCACGAGCUGCCCAGUGACACAAGCCUACCAGACGAGCUAAAUCACUUCUAUGCUCGCUUCGAGGCAAGCAACACUGAAGCAUGCAUGAGAGCACCAGCUGUUCCAGAUGACUAUGUGAUCACGCUCUCCGUAGCCGAUGUGAGUAAGACUUUUAAGCAGGUCAACAUUCACAAGGCCGCAGGGCCAGACGGAUUACCAGGACGUGUACUGCGAGCAUGUGCUGACCAACUGGCAAGUGUCUUCACCAACAUUUUCAAAAUGUCCCUGACUGAGUCUGUAAUACCAACAUGUUUCAAGCAGACCACCAUAGUCCCUGUGCCCAAGGACACUAAGAUAACCUGCCUAAAUGACUACCGACCCGUAGCACUGACGUCUGUAGCCAUGAAGUGCUUUGAAAGGCUGGUCAUGGCUCACAUCAACACCAUUAUCCCAGAAACCCUAGACCCACUCCAAUUUGCAUACCGCCCCAACAGAUCCACAGAUGAUGCAAUCUCUAUUGCACUCCACAUUGCCCUUUCCCACCUGGACAAGAGGAACACCUACGUGAGAAUGCUAUUCAUUGACUACAGCUCAGCGUUCAACACCAUAGUACCCUCAAAGCUCAUCACUAAGCUAAGGAUCCUGGGACUAAACACCUCCCUCUGCAACUGGAUCCUGGACUUCCUGACACGCUGCCCCCAGGUGGUAAUGGUCCAAACACAACCAAGACAGUCGUGAAGAGGGCACGACAAAGCCUAUUCCCCCUCAGGAGACUGAAAAGGUUUGGCAUGGGUCCUCAGAUCCUCAAAAAGUUAUACAGCUGCACCAUCCACCGCAAGGCACUACAGAGGGUAGUGCGUACAGCCCAGUACAUCACUGGGGCCAAGCUUCCUGCCAUCCAGGACCUCUAUACCAGGCGGUGUCAGAGGAAGGCCCUCAAAAUUGUCAAAGACUCCAGCCACCCUAGUCAUACACUGUUCUCUCUGCUACCGCACGGUAAGCGGUACCGGAGCGCCAAGUCUAGGUCCAAAAGGCUUCUCAACAGCUUCUACCCCCAGGCCAUAAGACUCCUGAACAGCUAAUCAUGGCUACCCGGACUAUUUGCACCCCCACCCCAUCUUUUUAACGCUGCUGCUACUCUGUUAAUUAUUUUAUGCAUAGUCACUUUAACUCUACCCACAUGUACAUAUUACCUCAACUUCCUCAACUAGCCGGUGCCCCCGCACAUUGACUCUGCACCAGUACCCCCCUGUAUAUAGCCUCCCUACUGUUAUUUUAUUUUACUUCUGCUCUUUUUUUCUCAACACUUUUUUGUUGUUGUUGUUUUAUUUUACUUUUUUAUUAAGAAAUAAAUGCAUUGUUGGUUAAGGGCUGUAAGUAAGCAUUUCACGGUAAUGUCUACACCUGUUGUAUUCGGCGCAUGUGACAAAUAAAAUUUGAUUUGAUAAAAAAGCAAUAUGUUUUUACGUUUUCUAGAGAGUUAAGGUAACUUUGAUAGGUGAAAAGUGAAACAGUUCAAGUUCAGUUCCAUAUUCUUGCCAAUAAUUAUGCUUAAGUCACUUUGUGCUUGAUAUAAGCUAUCCUGUAUCUUUACUUUUGUCUGAUAUUUCCGAUAUUUCACAUUUUAUUAAAGGGAUACUUCAGAUUUUUUCCGGUGAUGCCCUUAUCUACUUCCCCAGAGUCUGAUGAACUUGUUGAUACCAUUUUUAUGUCUCUGCGUGCAGUUUGAAGGAAGUUGCUAACUAGCAUUAGCGCAACGACUGGAAGUCUAUGGGUAUCUGCUAGCGUGCUAUGGGUAUGCUAGUUAGCAUUGGCUCACAAAACUACCUCUAACUUCCUUCUUACUGGACACAGAGACAUACACAUUUUAUCCACGAGUUCAUCUGACUCUGGGGAAGUAGAAAAAGGGCCUCAUUGCUUGCAACAAUCCCUUUAACAGUUGUGAUGUGCUGUAAAAUUACACAGACCCUUUUUGCACAUUUAUUUCACAUUGUAUAAAAUACAGCAAUGUGUAGUACAUUUGAAUAGCACAUAGCCGUUGGCUGAUACAUUUAUGAAUGUUUAUUUUCAUAUUCUUGUAAAAUAAGUGCUUACUAUAUGAAUUACUUAAUCUAUUGAUUACUUAGCAUAUGUGAAGUGUAUCUGUAAAUGGAUUGUGUAAAGUAAAUUGAAUCUACUGUAUGAUGUGUUUGUAUGUUCAUAGAUUUAAAAAACAACAACAUAAAUGGGUUAUUACUACACAUGAAUAGUGGCUUUUUGACCUUUUCUUACAUAAUGUUCCAUUACAGUAAAGAAUGUUAGAUCAAGCACAGGAGGCUGCUGAGGGGAGGACAGCUCAUAAUAAUGGCUGGAAUGGAGUGAAGGGAAUAGUAUCGAACACAUGGAAACCAUGGAAACCACGUGUGACAUGUUUGAUACCAUUCCAUUAAUUCCGUCCCAGCCAUUAGUAUGAGCCCGUCCUCCCCAAUUAAGGUGCCACCAGACGCCUAUGAUAUCAAGGUACACGUCUAAACAACUUCACACAUACAGCACUGUUGGUGGAUAAUGACUUGGUUAAGUUGUAAUCACAAAUUGAGGGUUGACACUCCAAUCAGGUCACUCACUAUAAUAGGGCUCAGAUAUUAAUCUCUAUCCAAAUGAAUUAAUCCCAUCCCCAAUGCUAUAGUUGGGUUGCAUUUGUUUCUGAGAAAUGUGUGUGUGAAUACAGUUUGUAGUUUGUAGUGGGUGGCGGGUGACCGAAGUACUCAUUUUGGAGUGUUGAUGGCCUGUGUGGGUAGAGGUGCAGUCCUACACAGUGUACACUCACACUGAAACACAUCCAUCCCUCUCCUUAAUCUCUCUGUCCUUUAUUCUGGAUUCUCAUUCUCUCUUUCUCUUUAUUGAUUUCUCUUUCUCCGUCGCCCUCACACACUUUUGUCUUCCACUAUCCUCACCUCCUUUCUCUACUCUCUCCUAACUGUUUCUCCUUCUCUCUCUCUCUCUCUCUCUCUCUCUCUCUCUCUCUCUCUCUCUCUCUCUCUCUCUCUCUCUCUCUCUCUCUCUCUCUCUCUCUCUCUCUAUCUCUGAACCUCUCCCAAGCCUCCUCUCUCCAUCACCCUUUGGUGUCCCCUUCUCUCACCCUCCCCCUUCUCUCUCUGUUUGUCCCUCUCUCACUCCCCCCCCCCCACACUCUGUCCAUCAGGAAGCUGAAGUUGGAGAAUGAGUUGGCUGCUCAGCUCUGGCGGGUGCAGUGGGAGGACGUGCAGAUGAGCAACCUGGAGAAAGUGCUGCGCAGGGCCUGCAGCAGACUCACCCUGUCUCUGGUACUGCAUGGAUAAAUACAAACAUACCAAUAUAUAAAGACAUGAAAUACAGUACACCUACACACACUCAAACAGAGAAACACAUUGUGUUGAAAAAGCACGCUGUUCUCAUUCCCUCUCUAUAUGGUCCACAGAGAGGCUCAAACUAUGGCUCCCUCCUAACCAUGGAAGGAAACUUCCAGAUCUAUGCCAAAACUGGCUACUACAAGGUCUGUUCUUUUACACAGGGAUUGUUGUAAUACACUGGCAAUGCUAAUGAUGUUUGCUUUAUUAAGGAUUUGUGUAGUGCUACCUACAAUAGUUGGUCCCGGUUUAAAUGAAGUACAACUUAUAUAGGCUUUAUGUAGCAUACAUAAAGGCUUCAUAAGCAGUACAUAAAUGCUUCACAAAUCAUCUAUAAGCGUUUGUCAUACUCUAUAAAUCAGGGGUUCUCAAACUCUUUUGGCGCUCUUUUGACCCCUUUUAUGAUAGCAAAUUCAUCAGAGACCCCUCAUAAUCAGAACACAACAGUGAGAUAAUAAUAUCAUAGAAGGAGUAUGAUUAUGACUUUGGCCGUACAUGCCCAGACGAACCGAGUCUCUGGCCCUGGGCAGGAACAUUUUAAAGGCCCACUUCUAAGCAUCUGAGAGAAAAUGUUGCAGUUUUCAAGCUAAUUUCCUGCAAUUCUACACAUUUUGUCAUGGGGCUGAGAGAUUUUUUUGUUGUUGCAGUUUUAAAGCUAAUAUCCUGCAAUUCCACAUAUUUUGCCAUGAGGCAGAGAUACAACUUUACAGUUUUGAAGCUUAAAUUACAGUGCAUUUAUGGUUUUAAAAACAUUUUUGAGGAAUACAAGAAGCACUGAGUUAAAAAAAUUAUAAUUGGUGGAGUACUGUGGAUACCAAUAACCCUGUGAGCCUCCCAGGCCCAUGUUGCCCAGGGUUAAGAACAUACAUUGUAGAUUAAAAUAUUACAUUGUAUUGUAUUGCACCCUCUAAACGUAUUCCAUGGAUCCCUUUGCCAAAAUUCGUUUAAUCUGUUGUUGUUAGUAAUAUUAAUUUUAAAAAAUAUCCACGGACCCCCUGCGGUACCUGGACCCCACUUUGAGAACCCCUGCUAUAAACAGUGUAUAAACAUACAUAGUGUGUUAUGUCACAUUUGCUCUACAGUAGGAAUAGUUAUGUCACCCUUUAUAAGCCAUUUACAGUGUAUGAUAUACUCUUACAGAUUAUUUGUGAAGCAUAUAUGUAGAGCUUAUGACGCCUUUAUGCAUGCUAUAUGAAGUCUUUAUAAGUUUUACUUCGUUUAAAGUGGGACCCAAUAUUUGCCAGUGAUAAGUGUUCAUACCAGGAUUCUGAUAGGGUUCACGUGGGCAUUUGCAUAGUUUGCAUCUUUGGAGUAGGAAUUACAAGUGGAUUACACUCAUUUUACAAUACUUUAAAAUAAAUAGGUCACCCCAUAUUACUGAAGGACACAGAUAGUAAAACCAUGGUGAAAUAUUGUGUUAAUUAACGUGUUCUCCUUUCCAGGGAAACAUUGUGGCCAUUAAGUACGUCACUAACAAGAAGCGCAUCGAGCUCACCAGGAUGGUGCUUUUUGAGCUCAAACAUGUGAGGGUUUUAUUCAAUAGGCUUGCAAACAUGUUGCCAGAGCAACAAUGUCCUAUCUAGUAUUUCUUAUACUUAUUAUGUUCUAAGGUGUAUACUUUGCUCAGGUGUAAAUGCUUUUGUAUGCAGUUGCAAGUAUGUUGGUAUCAAUGUUAAUCUUCUUGCCUCCAGAUGCGUGAUGUUCAAAACGAGCACCUGACUCGCUUUAUCGGAGCCUGUAUCGAUCCUCCCAACAUCUGUAUUAUCACAGAGUACUGCCCCCGGGGCAGCCUGCAGGUACUUCACAACCUAUUGGAUCUCAUUGUUCCAUUCUAUUCUAUAACCUUUAUAACCUUAUAACCUUAGCGUUGUUAACUAAAACCCCUAUUGGUCUCUUAUCUCCCACGUCACACAUUCACACAAUGAAUAAGUCAUGAACAGUAGCUACCCUUGGGUCCUGAGAUGGUUGGUUUACCCUCUAGGCUACAGUGUUGAAUACCGACAGCCUGUGUGAAUGGAAUAUGACAUGUCAUGCAUAUUAUGAUGUUAGCAUUGUGGACUGGGAUUAACCUGUGGGUGACUUUCAUGUAUGGCUGAUUUGAAACAUAUUUAGAGUGUGUGUGUGUGUGUGUGUGUGUGUGUGUGUGUGUGUGUAAAUAGUCAUGUUUAUGUUAAUGUGUUGUGCAGGAUCUUAUGGAGAGCGAGAGCAUCACCUUGGACUGGAUGUUCAGAUACUCUCUCAUCAACGACAUUGUUAAGGUGCGUCUUCAUCCUCCAUUCAAAGAUUUGAAACAAAGAUAUAGGCCAGUAUAGGAGGAAAGUGAGGAAGGGGUUUAUGAAAAGGUAGCGAUGGGUCCAGGAUUCUAAACCAACGGGGUCACAAGCAUAAUAUAUGUACUGUAUGUGCUGAAUGCCCGAAACCACUAAACUGGUACUUAAUGUUAUUUUCACAUUAUGGGGGCUAACUUUUUGCUAAGGGAGAGGUAGAAAAUAUUCAAAUAAUAUUUAUUCUAUCAUACUUCUACUGUUUUUUUAAAAUUGUCAAUACAAAAAGUAUUGCCAAGCAUGUUACCUCUCACUCACUCUUUAUUAAAUUCUCUUACACUAGAUUUGUGUCAUAUAUUUUCAACAAGAUGUUUGGGAUUACACCAGAUCCAACCAACCCGUCAGGUAUAUUGCCUCGUGAUGCUUAUAAUGAAGGGUAGACAGAUGGUGUCUGACACCUCCUGGUUUCCUGGUUAGAAUAAUGAAUGAAGAAGUCAUGCCUUUUACCUGAGUUGGCUUCGAUUUAAUGCCCCUCAAUGUACAUUCUAGCAGAGAUAGCUGUUGUAAGAAGGCUAGCUCCGCACUUUUGUCUGUCCACAGGAAGUGUGAGUCUUUGCAAAGGAAGUUAUGCAUAUUUUCAAUGGAAGUUAAUGGGAGGGUACACCAUUUUUGGUUAUUGACUUGCAAUGCAUAGGUUGUUCAGCAAAUGCAAUUUUGUUGGCUAAAAGCAUGUGUGACAGUUCCCGCCCCUCUGCAUGGAACUGUGGGGGUAACAUUUUACACAGGGUCGCCCACUGGUUGGAUUUCUUGUGAAUCACACCAUCUUUGAUUCUAGGGGAUGGCCUUCCUUCACAACAGCGUCAUCGUCUCCCAUGGUAACCUGAAGUCCUCAAACUGUGUGGUGGACAGUCGCUUUGUUCUGAAGAUCACUGACUACGGGCUGGCCAGCUUCCGCGAAAAGUCCAAUAUGGAGGACACACACGCCUACUAUGCCCGUGAGUUACCUGAGCUGCAGAAAUACACUCACAUGUAGACAAAGACACACAGACUCGACCGCAUGAGCAAACACACACACACACACUUUAAAUAACUCAAACCAAGUGAUUUAGUGGCUCAAUCCCUGCCAUUGUUGUUGAUAUUCAAAAACAAAACAUGCCCAUUUUCUGAUACAAUUGGCUGGCACACCUGUUUUACACAAAAUAUUUCUGUCUAAAUGUUCUGUAACAAUGUCCCCUCCUGAGAGAAAGCCCGUGCUGGCUCCAUUGAAUUACUUGUCAUUGAUGUGGCUCAACAGUCAAAUCACCUGGCUGAAAAAGUCUUGAUUAGUUGCUGAUUGAGAAAGUGGGUAUUAAAACUCUCAGUCAAUCUGUCUCUUUCUCUCUCUCUAAGUACAUCUUUGGCUAAAGGAAACUCGUAAUACAUCUUGAAAUGGCCUUUUAUUCUUAUGUGUAUACAUAUAUUUUGUGUAUAAUGUGUAUAUUUAUGUUGUAUUAUAUAGGGCGCAUUUGAAAAAGAGACCUAGGUCUCAAGAUGUCUUCCCUGUUAAAAUAAAGGUCAAAAAAUAAAAAAUAAAAUAAAGAAAUGUAUCCACCUCUUCUCUCUCCCACUUUCCCCCUCUACCUCCCUCUUUCUUUCUCUCCAAUCCCCCUUCACUCCCUCUCCCUUUACAGGGAAAUUGUGGGCAGCUCCAGAGCUGCUGAGGGCAGAGUGUCCCCCACCGUGUGGCACUCAGAAAGGAGACAUCUACAGCUUCGGCAUCAUCCUGCAAGAGCUGGCCCUGCUCAGAGGGGUCUUCCACAUGGAGGGGGACACCCUCAGCCCCAAAGGUGUGUGUGUCUGUGUGUGUUCUUCAGGCAAGUACAGGCAUGUCCAGUGCCUUCAGAAAGUAUUCACACCCCUUGACUUUUUCCAAAUUUUGUUCGAUUACAGCCUGAAUUUAAAAUGGAUUAAAUUGAGAUGUUUUGGUCACUGGCCUAAACACAGUACCCCAUAAUGUCAAAGUGGAAUUAUGUUUUUCAAAAUGUUUACCAAUUAAUUGAAAAUGAAAAGCUGAAAUGUAUUGAGUCAAUAAGUAUUCGGCCCCUUUGUUAUGGCAAGCCUAAAUAAUUAUUCACAUAAAUGUCACGUAAUAAGUUGCAUGGACUCACUCUGUCUGCAAUAAUAAUGUUUAGGUUGAUUUUUGAAUGACUACCUAAUCUCUGUACCCCACACAUACAAUUAUAUGUAAGGUCCCUCAGUCAAGCAGUGAAUAUCAAACACAAAGACAUUGAAUAUCCCUUUGAGCAUGGUGAAGUUAUUAAUUACACUUUGGAUGGUGUAUCAAUACACCCAGUCACUACAAAGAUACAAGCGUCUUUCCUAACUCAGUUGCCGGAGAGGAAGGAAACCGCUUAGGGAUUUCACCAUGAGGCCAAUGGUGACUUUAAAAUAAUUUAAUGGCUGUGAUAGGAGAUCGUUUAAUGGCUGUGAUAGGAGAAAACUGAGGAUGGAUCAACAACAUUGUAGUUACUCAACAAUACUAACCUAAUUGACAGAGUGAAAAGACGUAAGCCUGUAGAGAAUAAAAAUAUUCCAAAACAUGCAUCCUGUUUGCAACAAGGCUCUAAAGUAAUACUGCAAAAAAUGUGGCAAAGCAAUGAACUUUUUGUCCUAAAUACAAAGUGUUAUGUUUGGGGCAAAUCCAAUACAACACAUUCCUGAGUACCACUCUCCAUAUUUCCAAGCAUAGAGGUGGCUGCAUCAUGUUAUGAGUAUGCUUGUAAUCGUUAAGGACUGUGGAGUUUUUCAGGAUAAAAAAUAAACGGAAUGGAGCUAAGCACAAGCAAAAUCCUAGAGGGAAACCUGCUUCAGUCUGCUUUCCACCAGAUACUGGGAGAUGAAUUUACCUUCCAGCAGGACAAUAACCUAAACCACAAGGCAAAAUCUACGCUGAAGUUGCUUACCAAGAAGACCGUGAAUAUUCCUGAGUGUCCGAGUUGCAGUUUUGACUUAAAUCUACUUGAAAAUGUAUGGCAAGACCUGAAAAUGGUUGUCUAGCAAUGAUCAACAACCAACUUGACAGAGCUUGAAUAAUUUUUAAAAUAUUAAUUGGCAAAUGUUGCACAAUCCAGGUGUGGAAAUGUCUUAGAGACUUACCCAGAAAGACUCACAGCUGUAAUUGCUGCCAAAGGUGCUUCUACAAAGUAUUGACUCCACCUCAGGGGUGUGAAUACUUAUGUAAAUUACUAUUUCUGUAUUUCAUUUUCAGUAAAUGUACAUACAUUUCUAGAAACAUAUUUUCACUACGUAAUCAAUUUUGAAUUCAGGCUGUAACACAACACAAUGUGGAAUAAGUCAAGGGGUAUGUGUGGUGAGUGAUUUAGAAGGAGUCAGGCGCAGGAGGGUAAAUCACAGAAUAAAAGGUUUAUUCCUUAACAUUUAAGUCAUUUAGCAGACGCUCUUAUCCAGAGCGACUUACAGUUAGUGCAUACAUUAUUUUUUAUACUGGCCCCCCGUGGGAAUCAAACCCACAACCCUGGCGUUGCAAACACCAUGCUCUACCAACUGAGCUACAUCCCUGCCGGCCAUUCCCUCCCCUACCCUGGGCCAAUUGUGCGCCGCCCCAUGGGUCUCCCGGUCGCGGCCGGCUACAACAGAGCCUGGAUUCGAACCAGGAUCUCUAGUGGCACAGCUAGCACUGCGAUGCAGUGCCUUAGACCACUGCGCCACUCGGGAGGUUAUUACAAUGCUUCAAACACUCCAGUGUGGAAAUACGGCGCACUGGAAAACAACAAGGCACACGUGUGAAUAUCCCGGCGAUACUAAAUACAAAGAGCUCCACCGAGCUAAUCUAACCUCCACAAUAAACAAUCCCACACAAAGACAAGGGGGCAGAGGGAACACUUAUACAGGUACUGAUGAGGGGAUAUGAACCAGUUGUGUGUAAUUGACAAGACACAUGGAAUGAUGAGAUGAGGAGUGGCAGUGGCUAGAAGGCCGGUGACAACGAACGCCGAAGCCUGCCCGAACAAGGAGAGGAGGCAGCUUCGGAGGAAGUCGUGACAGUAUGAAUACUUUCUGAAGGCACUGCAAUUACGGUAUUAAAGAAUAUACAGUACCAGUCAAAAGUUUGGACACACCUACUCAUUCCAGGGUUUUUCUUUAUUUUUACUAUUUUCUACAUUGUAGAAUAAUAGUGAAGACAUCAAAACUAUGAAAUAACACAUAUGGAAUUAUGUAGCAACCAAAAAAGUGUUAAACAAAUCAAAAUAUAUUAUAUAUUUGAGAUUCUUCAAAGUAACCACCCUUUGCCUUGAUGACAGCUUUGCACACUCUUGGCAUUCUCUCAACCAGCUUCACCUGGAAUGCUUUUCCAACAGCCUUGAAGGAGUUCCCACAUAUGCUGAGCACUUGUUGGCUGCUUUUCCUUCACUCUGCGGUCCAACUCAUCCUAAACCAUCUCAAUUGGGUUGAGGUCGGGUGAUUGUUGAGGCCAGGUAAUCUGAUGCAGCACUCCAUCACUCUCCUUCUUGGUCAAAUAGCCCUUACACAGCCUAGAGGUGUGUUGGGUCAUUGCCCUGUUGAAAAAGAAAUGAUAGUCCCACUAAGCACAAACCAGAUGGGAUGGCAUAUCGCUGCAGAAUGCUGUGGUAGCCAUGCUGGUUAAGUGUGCCUUGAAUUCUAAAUAAAUCACUGACAGUGUCACCAGCAAAGCACCCCCACACCAUCACACCUCCUCCUCCAUUCUUCACGGUGGGAACCACACAUGUGGAGAUCAUCCGUUCACCUACUCUUCGUCUCACAAACACGGCGGUUGGAACCAAAAAUCUCAAAUUUGGACUCAUCAGACUAAAGGACAGAUUUCCACCGGUCUAAUGUCCAUUGCUCGUGUUUCUUGGCCCAAGCAAGUCUCUUCUUCUUAUUGGUGUCCUUUAUUAGUGGUUUCUUUGCAGCAAUCGAUCAUGAAGGCCUGAAUCACGCAGAUGUGUCUGUUACUUGAACUCUGUGAAGCAUUUAUUUGGGCUGCAAUUUCUGAGGCUGGUAACUCCAAUGAAUUUAUCCUCUGCAGCAGAGGUAAAUCUGGGUCUUCCUUUCCUGUGGUGGUCCUAAUGAGAGCCAGUUUCAUCAUAUCGCUUGAUGGUUUUUGCGACUGCACCUCAAGAAACUUUCAAAGUUUUUGAAAUAUUCCGCAUUGGCUGACCUUCAUGUCUUAAAGUAAUGGUGGACUGUCAUUUUUCUUUGCUUAUUUGAGCUGUUCUUGCCAUAAUAUGGACUUGGUAUUUUACCAGAUAGGGCUAUCUUCUGUAUACCACCCCUACCUUGUCACAACACAACUGAUUGGCUCAAACGCAUUAAGAAGGAAAGAAAUUCCACAAAUUAGCUUUUAACAAGGCACAGCUGUUAAUUGAAAUGCAUUCCAAGUGACUACCUCAUGAAGCUGGUUGAGAGAAUGCCAAUAGUGUGCAAAGCUGUCAUCAAGGCAAAGGGCGGCUACUCAUAUAUAAAAUAUAUUUUGAUUUGUUUAACACUUUUUUGGUUACUACAUGAUUCCAUAUGUGUUAUCAUAGUUUUGAUGUCUUCAAUAUUAUUCCACAAUGUAGAAAAUAGUAAAGAUAAAGAAAAACCCUUGAAUGAGUAGGUGUGUCCAAACUUUUGAAUGGUAGUGUAUAUCAAGGUAAAUACGGUUAGGGUUAAAGAUGAAAGCACAGACAAAUAUGGAUGGGCACUUGAAACAAUGAACAUUUAAAAAACGGUUGAGGUUGGCGUCUUUCAUUUCGAUUAUUUUGGGCAUUUCAUUGCACAUAAAAAUAAAACAUUUUACUCAGGUUAGUCUCAUUGAGAUAAAAACUAUUUUUCAAAAGAGACCUGGACUAUAUUAGCUUCUGUGAAGAACACAGAUCAUUUUGAAAUGACAAGGACAGGCAUCUUGGACAGGGAAAAUGUACAGGAACUUUUUUUUUUUUUUUUUUUACACAUUUGUUAUUUGUCUUCAAGAAGCAUGGCACUGAAUCCAAUUGAAUUCUGAGAAGUACAUAGUUGUUAGGACAGCAACGUUAUACAUUCAUAGCCUCUGGAAGGUGUUUGAGGGUGGGGGUGCUGAGAUUUUUUUGCCAGUGCUACAGACGGCUAUAUCGGUCCGCUAAUACAGGACUAGUAAAGGCCUACUUGUUUUCAAAUGUUUUAUUUUUUAUUAGAAAUAAAGGAAAAUAAAAUAUUUAUCAGGGUGUGCUGCAGCACCCUCAGCACCUUCCCGCGGAAAUGAAUAUCAAUCAAACAAUCAAUCAAAUGUAUUUAUAAAGCCCCUUUUACAUCAGCAGAUGUCACAAAGUGCUAUACAGAAACCCAGCCUAAAACCCCAUACAGCAAGCAAUGCAGAUGUAGAAGCACAGUGGCUUGGAAAAACUCCCUAGAAAGGCAGAAACCUAGAAAGAAACCUAGAGAGGAACCAGGCUCUGAGGGGUGGCCCUUCUGGCUGUGCUAAAUAUAAUAUAUCAUAGGGUACUCUCUUUCUUUCUGUCUCUUUCCUCUUUCUUUCUAUCUUUCUUUCUUAAUUUCUGUCUGUCUCUCACUCCUCCUUCUCUACAUACCAGUCCUGUCAGCCCUGGGUCUGUGACAUUUCUAAGGUGCUGAUUCUCUGUCACCAUAUAUCUUUCACCACACAUACACACACACACACACACACACACAAAAUGUAUAAGUACACAUACUUAUACAUUCUAAAUUGCUUAUUCUCCAGGGAAACAUAAAUCUCCUGCGUAGGAAAAUACACUCAGGACUCCUUGACAUUCCCCUAAGUAUGUAGGAUCAAGAGCAUGUCCCAGUGGUCAUAAAGGGCUAGCUCCCUAGCUGCUGUCAGUAGAAAUGCCUAGGCAGGCUCUUAUGAAAACACAUUGAAAUACUGUACCUUUUUCUAUAGCUCAAUCAGUUCGUACAUUGUCAAGCGAUCGGUCACAUGUGUUGGUGAGGUAGAGCAGGGGUUCCCAACCUUUUUCACAUUUGUAUUGUUUAUUGAGAUGUUCUAUAUUAAAUACACCACCAGCUUAUUGAGAUUGCCUAUAUUAAAUACACCACCAGCUUAUUGAGAUUGCCUAUAUUAAAUAGUACACCACCAGCUUAUUGAGAUUGCCGAUAUUAAAUACACCACCAGCUUAUUGAGAUUGCCUAUAUUAAAUACACCACCAGCUUAUUGAGAUUGCCUAUAUUAAAUACACCACCAGCUUAUUGAGAUUGCCUAUAUUAAAUACACCACCAGCUUAUUGAGAUUGCCUAUAUUAAAUACACCACCAGCUUAUUGAGAUUGCCUAUAUUAAAUACACCACCAGCUUAUUGAGAUUGCCUAUAUUAAAUACACCACCAGCUUGAUUUUGUUUAAUUUGAGGGACCAAGGAAAUGUUUUGUUUUGAAGCUAAUUUCCUGCAAUUCCUUCAUAGUUUAACAAGACUCAUCUUUUAGGUAGACUAUUAAAUGAUAAUAAUAAUAAUAAUGUAUAAGGAAAUAAAGUCUAGACCUGAUUUCUCCAAAAUGUUAUUCCGCUACUGAAUAUGUUUUAUUAUGAUAAUUUAUAUGAACCCUUAAUUUAAUUAUACAUAUUCUCUUUUACGGAAAGUGAUUAGAUCAAUUGUUAGCAACAGUGACACAUUGUAUAAGAUUACUUCACAAGUCCAAUUUCUUUGACUACUCGACUUUAGAAGGUCGUACCUCCGCUUCAUAUGAAUGUCAUAGAGACAAACCAAAGACAUUCCCAUGUUUGUAGAGUGGUUGUCCCACUGGCUAUCAUAAGGUGAAUGCACCAAUUUGUAAGUCGCUCUGGAUAAGAGCGUCUGCUAAAUGACGAAAAUGUAAAUGUAAAUGUAAUGUGCAUCAGAGUCGCGUCUUCCUCUGGCAUUUUACCACUUGUUUCUAGCCUUGCAGAUUUUUUGAUUGGUAUAAACAAUUGAGAAUUGUUUAUUACAUUAUUUAUUUUUUAAAGGAAGGUCCCAUGCACCCCCACGAAAUGUUACCGCCCCCUAUGGGGUGUGCGCGCCCCCUAGGUUGGGAACCACUGAGGUAGAGGACCCUGGUUCAGGGAGGCAGCGCUAUAUGCUAAGCUAGCACACUGACGGCGGUUAUAUACACAUUGAAUUGAAGAGAUUGGGGUUCAUAGAAUUGAAGAGGUUGGGGGUCAUAUCAUUUAUGUAGUCCCCUGUAGCUCAGUUGGUAGAGCAUGGCGCUUGCAACGCCAGGGUUGUGGGUUUGUUUCCCACGGGGGGCCAGUAUGAAAAUAUAUGCACUCACUAACUGUAAGUCGCUCUGGAUAAGAGUGUCUGCUAAAUGACUAAAAUGUCAAAUGUAAAUGUGUGAGAGACAAGAGACAGAAGUUGGGAACGAAAAAUAAGUGGAAAAUAAAUUAAAUGAGAAGAGAGAGGGGUGAUGGACAAUGAGUUCAGGCCAUUGGCAUCGGAAGAGCCCGGUCCCCUGAUGGAAAUAUUGUUGGUUUAUGGAAUGAAGAAGUACUUCAUAUAGAGACCAGAACGAUAGUGUACAGAACGAUGGCUCACCAGCUGCUAGUCCGUAGAAUUUGGACCCUCUCUGUAAAAGACCUCCGCUGUCUCCCGGCCUCCACCUCCUCCUUCUCUACCUCCCUGCGUUCUUCCACUGCCCCUCUAUCCUUCCUUUCCCCCAAACGCACUCUGUCCCAUUCCCUGCCCCACACUUCCCGCAGAGAGGUCUCCUACAACGUGCAGGACCAUGAGGACUUCACAGAGAGAGUCAUCAACAGUGAGCUGCCUGUGCUAAUUGACUUCCAUGCCCAGUGGUGUGGGCCCUGCAAGAUACUGGGGCCAAGAUUAGAGAAAGCUGUCGCCAAACAGAAAGGCAAAGUUGCCAUGGCAAAGGUCGACAUAGAUGAUCACACAGACUUGGCCAUUGAAUAUGGGGUAUCGGCGGUCCCCACGGUAAUCGCCACGCGAGGAGGCGACGUCAUCGACCAGUUUGUGGGAAUCAAAGAUGAUGAGGCGCUGGACUCGUUCGUCAGCAAGCUCAUUGGACAAUGAACAUGUCAAUCACAUCCCUGUGAUCCAACCCCUUAUGACCCCAUUGUUGUCUGAGCCUGGCCAGGUCCUCAGCGCUACACGGCCAUGUUGAACCUGUUAAAACAACAACCAACCACCCACCCACCCCCCACCUGACAAACACGCAAACGCUCACACCAUCCCUAAACUCUCUGCUCUGUAUUAUUCUGUCUGUCUCUGUCUGCCUGUGGUCUAGUGAUGGGUGUGUGCUUGUGUGAACUUCAUUUCCCCUCUUUACUCAUAUAUUGCUCCCAUCUUGCAGCGGUUCCCUCCCUCCAUCAACCUGUAAUAUAAUGGCCCCACCCUGUGGAAACUGGUAGAGCAGCCUGAGCCAGUGUGUACCAGUUUACUACAAUAGAUUGUUUAGAGUGGGCAACUACACCGCUGUACUUUACUGCAUCGUACGGGGACAAGUCGUUUAAGUUGAAUGUACCAAUUUGUAAGUCGCUCUGGAUAAGAGCGUCUGCUAAAUGACUUAAAUGUAAAUGUAAAUGUAAGAAGAGCUGAUAUGGAGAGUAAACAUGAGCGGUGACCCAGAUACAGUAUAAUGUGUCAUUAAAGUAUUGACGCAUUUAACAGAACACAUCAUUUCCUUCAACCUCAUUCUGCAUGGCCUUUUAUCUUCCAUAUUCAAAUCUAUUUCGAUGCCGCUGCGUUUGAAGUGCUGCCUUGUCUGGAACAGAAAAGAAAGGAAACAGAGAGAGAGAGGGACGAUAGGAAGGAGAUGGAGAGAUUUGAUGACAGAGAAGAGACUUCUAACAUGGAGUGUUUUGUUGUUCUUGUUACUCGAAAGGAAAAGGGGCUUGCCUGUCCAAGGGCUGUGUAGCUUUUCUAAAUUAAGCUCACUUGAGCUCCACCUCUCCCUUUCCCUCUCUCCCUCUCUCCCUCUCUCUCUCUCUCUCUCUCUCUCUCUCUCUCUCUCUCUCUCUCUCUCUCUCUCUCUCUCUCUCUCUCUCUCUCUCUCUCUCUCUCUCUCUCUCUGAAAUCGAUGUGUGCCUUAGUACAAUAGUACAAUAUGGCUAUAUGAAUUCUCACAUAUUCUCUCUCUCCCCUGUCUUCCUCCUUCCCUCUUUCUCUCUGCCAGAGAUCGUAGAACGCGUGGCCCUGGGCCAGUGGCCCUACCUGCGGCCCUCCCUCUGCCCUCAGAGCCACAGUGAAGAGGUGGGCCAGCUCAUGCAGCGCUGCUGGAGCGAGGACAUGAACGAGAGGCCCGAGUUCCACCACAUCAAGCUGCUGCUGCGCAAACACAAUAGGUACACUAUGUCUGUACGCACUGCUUAAACCUCCAUUAACGCCAUGCACUUUAUAUGGUUCCUGGUCUACAGACACGCACUUAUGCCCAUCCACUCACUUUAGAGAUCUUCAUUCAUCUGCAUUCAAAAUAACACUCCACACACAAACAUGUAUUUAUUAUCCCCAAUGACUUUAUGUACUCACAACAGGUUUGCACUGCUCUGACGACUAUCUUCAAAACCUCCCUCCACCGUUUUACCCGUUCUUUACUCUGCUCCUCCAUCCCACUCUCCAUCCCUCCCUCCAUCCCUCUCUCCAUCCCUCCCUCCACAGAGGUUAUGGGUCUAAUAUCCUGGACAACCUGUUGUCUCGUAUGGAGCAGUACGCCAAUAACCUGGAAGAACUGGUGGAGGAAAGAACGCAGGCCUACCAUGAAGAGAAACGCAAGGCUGAGGCACUGCUCUACCAGAUACUUCCACAGUGAGUGUAUUGAGGACCACAAUGGAAAUACGUAGUUACACUUUUUUGUGUUAUCCUCAAUGAUUUUGAAUGCAGUGUUUCCACAAAUCUAAAUCAAGUCAAAAAAAUUAAACACACACAGAAAUGCUCAUCAGUGGCUCCACUCUGCAGAGGACUAAUAAAUCCAAACAUCAUUUGGUGAUUGGACUGAAUCAUACACACACACACACACACACACACACACACACACACACACACACACACACACAGCCUACUCACUCUGAUUAACACUGUGUCUCACGUAGCUCUGUAGCGGAGCAGCUAAAGAGAGGGGAGACGGUGCAGGCUGAGGCCUUUGACUCAGUCACCAUCUACUUCAGUGACAUUGUGGGCUUCACCGCCAUCUCAGCAGAGAGCACACCCAUGCAGGUCAGUCCUCAAUUCAUGUAGUCAAUAGCAGUUUGCCAAUACAGUCUACUCCUGAUAUGCAAUGGCUUUGGGAUGUCAUGAAUGAGAAGUGGAGUAGUACAAAUAAUAUAUUUGAGUUGGGACCGAUGAACUGCACUCCAUUUAAGCAUACUUGUGUUCAAUGUGCACUUUUCAGAAGUUGACUGGAUUGAAAAUGCCUUAUAUCACUCUGCAAAUUAAUUGACUGUUAUUCUACUUAUUUUAUGCAGAGGCUGAUAAUAUUCAUGGUUUCCCAUAGGUGGUGACCCUAUUGAAUGACCUCUACACGUGUUUUGAUGCCAUCAUCGACAACUUUGAUGUUUACAAGGUGAAGUCAGACUCUAAACCAGGGUUCUUCAAUUCCGGUCCUGGAGAGCCGAAACACUUCUGUUUUUUAUUUCUACCUAGUAGUUAAUUGCACUCACCUGGUGUCCCAGGUCUGAAUUAGCCCCUGAUUAGAAGGAGAGGAUGAAAAACAGAGGUGUUUCGGCCCUCCAGGACCGGAAUUGAAGAACCCUGCUCUACACCUUGUUAUACACACAUGGUCACAGGGUGUGCAAGCUUUUGUUCCAGUCCAGCAUUAAUACAACUGAUUCAGCUAAUCAAUUGCUUGAGGAUUAGUUGAAUCAGGUGUGUUGGAGCUAGAAUGACACAAAGACCUGGACACACUGCGGUCCUCCUGUACCACAGUUACCCAACACUGGGUUAAGGACAUAUUUAAAGGGACAUUUCAAAAUGUUUUAACUUCACAUUCAUCAUCUCCAGCACCACCCCAACAUCAACAUAAGUAAAAAUGGUGCAUUUCUAUGUUUUGUAGUAAAAAAGAUAGAGAAAGAUAGGUGUUUCCAAUGACGUCAUCAACCAAUUAGGAGACAAUUACUCGAUAAUUAGUUGGCAAUGCCUACUCACAAUUGGUCAAAAUCACACUAUGCACACCGAUGAUGUCAUUGGAAACACUUAUCUUCCUCUAUCUUUUUUAUUACAAAACAUAGAAACGCACCAUUUUCACAUAUGUUGAUGUUGGGGUGGUGCUGGAGAUGAUGAAUGCAAAGUAGAACAUUUUUGAAGUUUCCCGUUAAGAACCCUAGCGACAGUGUGACCGUCUCUCUCUGUGGCGCCCUCAGGUGGAGACGAUAGGCGAUGCGUACAUGGUGGUGUCUGGGCUGCCGGUGAGGAAUGGCAAGCUGCACGGCCGAGAGAUCGCCCGCAUGUCCCUGGCCCUGCUGGAGGCCGUACACUCCUUCAGGAUCCGCCACCGACCUGCCCAGCAACUCCGUCUGCGCAGUGGCAUCCACAGUGGUGAGCGGCAGGGGUGGGGGAUUGUAGAGUUAAAAUAGUAUUGGUUUUCUGGCAAAUGCACUUCAUUGAGCUUUUCUGAAACUGUGGAAUCACUGGAUUCUGUGGAAUAUUGGAAUAGGUUGUCUGUGUGUUCUCUCCAGGCCCUGUAUGUGCAGGUGUUGUAGGACUGAAGAUGCCUCGGUUCUGCUUGUUUGGAGAUACAGUCAACACAGCCUCUCGCAUGGAGUCCAAUGGGGAGGGUGAGAGUGACCAACCUAUUGUAUCUACUAUCUCAUGACCUAUCAGGACAAACACUGUUCCUUCUCUGGUUUAAAUGACCACAUUUAUGUCAUGUUAUCAUCCCUCAGCCCUGAAGAUACACGUGUCGGAGGCCACGCGCGUGGUGCUGGACGACUUCAACUGUUUCCAGCUGGAGCUGAGAGGAGACGUAGAGAUGAAAGGCAAAGGGUGGAUGAAGACCUACUGGCUACUGGGGGAGAGCACCAACAACAUGGCUUAG